GCAGAGCCUCUCGGAGAGCUGUCCCUGCCAGUCAGUGCUGGAGUGUUUUCACUGAAGCUUCUUCUCCUCCGCCGGUCCACACAAACAGACGGCAGCGAUGGAGGAAGAGUUAAAAUGCCCCGUUUGCGGUUCCCUCUUCAAAGAGCCUAUCCUCCUGCCCUGCUCCCACAAUGUCUGCCUGGCCUGCGCCCGGAACAUCACCGUACAGACCCCCGAGGGUGAGACCCCGGUGCAGAGCCGAGCCUCGGGGAGCUCUGAUUACGACUACCUGGACAUGGACAAGAUGAGUCUGUACAGCGAGACGGACAGCGGAUACGGCUCCUACACACCGUGCCAGAUCAAGUCCCCAAACGGGGUGCGAGUGUUUCCUCCAUCCAUCGCUCACCGACACUGCUCCCUCACCUGCCCACUGUGUCACCGGAGCGUCUCUCUGGAUGAGCGGGGGCUCCGGGGUUUCCCUCGGAACCGGCUUCUAGAGGCCAUAGUGGCGCGGUACCAGCAGAACCGCGCCGCCUCCGCCUCCUCCGCUUCCACGGCGGUGAAGUGCCAGCUGUGCGACCGUAACCCCGUGGACGCGACGGUGAUGUGCGAGCAGUGCGACGUCUACUACUGUAACGCUUGUCAGCAGCGGUGCCACCCGUCCCGUGGUCCGCUGGCCAAACACCGCCUGGUACCACCGAGGAGCCAAGCGGCAGGAGGAGGUGCGGCGGGCGGAGGGACAGGUGGUAGCGGCAGCAGCGGCGGCGGAGGUGGUGGCAGUGGUGGUGGUAGUGGGGGAGGCGGCGAGGGGCAGCAGCCGCCCGCUACCGCGCGGAAACCUGCGACUUGCGUGGAUCAUGAAGCGGAAAACUUCAGCAUGUACUGCUAUAGCUGCAAGAUCCCAGUGUGUAUGAAGUGUCUACAAGAAGGGAAACACGCCAAACACGACGUGAGGACGCUGGCCAUGAUGUGGAAACAACACAAGGUGGGCAAACACACACCAAAACACACACUCUGGGAUUCCCCCAAGAGAUCCUUACACGGGGCCCACAAGAUUAUAGUUUGCUCAACAAGAAAGUCAACUUGGACCCACUAGACAACAUUAUGGGGAGUAUGAGCGCAAGAUAGUAAUUUGUACAAUUUGUUUUCACAGUUGUUCUCUUGAAAUAAGCCAGAGUCCAAUGUAAGUAUCUUGAGGGAACCUUGUGAGCAAGAUAAUACCUUCUACCUGCAAGAUAGAGGUUCAUAUGCAUAGGUUACUGACAGGAUAUCGAAGUGUUAGCAUAAGAUGUUAUCUAAAGGAAACAAGUUAUCUUGUGCGCUCAUGAAACUAACUUGUGCCUUCAGAAUAAUAUCUUGUUCUCAUGUGCUUGUAGGAUCAUUGCAUUGUCUGUGCAAGAUAUUACUCCAGGUGUUGUUACAAAUUCUGCACUCAUAACCAUUUGUUGCUGAAUUAUCAUUCAAUUUGUGCACAAGAUUGUAACGUCUUCACGCAAGAUAACAGAUAUUAAACUGUGAGCGCAAGAUAAUGAUUUGAACACAUUGUUUAAUAUCUUAAUGGAAAAGGUAAUCAGUUUGAGUCCAAAGAGAUAUCAAUAUGAAGCACAAGGGAUAAACCUGUGCACACAAGAUAAUGUCUUGUGCGGACAAGAUCAUCAUCACUUCUUGAGUGAACCAGUAAUAAACUUAUGUGCACAAGAUAUCAGUUUGUGGAAAGAAAGCAAGUUGUGCACCCAUGAUACUCAUUUGCACACAAUUUGAAUAUCAUGAAGGAAGAAGUAAUUAUCUUGAGUGCACAAGAUAUCAAUUUGUGUGCACAAGGGGUAAACAAACUGUAUGUACAUGUUUUACCCAAGCUUUGUUACUUGUGUGCACAAGAUGAACAUAUGCACAAGAAAAUUUACUUGUGCAAGAUAGCAAUUUGUGUGCACAAGAGUUGAAUUUGUGCACUUGACAUACAAACCUGUUUCCACAAUAUACUAACUAGUUCUAACAAGAUAUUUCUAUCGCAUGCACAUGUCUUAUUUUUCUGUGUGCACAAGAUGAAAAAAGUGGACUCCAUACACCCUCAAACUGCAUUUAUUAGGGCACAAAUAAAACAGACUCUUAAGUCAGACCUGUAUUUGUAGGAAGCUGAUAGUGUUAAAGUCAGCUUUGUGAUACCAGGACUAUAGAUCUUUCUCUUUCUUUCUUUCUUUCUUUCUUUCUCUCUCACCCACUCACACCCACAUACAAUUUGUUGGCCUGAAGUCCUAUUAAACACCAUUUCCUCAAGAACCAACGCUCAAACACUCCUGUGAUUCAUCAAAAACAACACCACCAUUAUAGGAUUUAAAAUACACCACAUCAGAUGCAAACUCUUCAUUUUUUUGCACAAAACAGAGUAAAACAUCACUGCUCUCUUUCACACUUAAACUCAAUAACACUUGCAUAAAUACAGACACACUUCAGGGACACACAAUCCCCCAAAAGGCCUUAAGCCAUUUAGCUAUUUGUGUCUCCAUAUGCAGAAAAAACACCCACACAUAGAAACAAACUGUAACUGCCUGAUGGGCCUUCACCAGCUCUCUGUGGCUGCUAUCUUAACUUUAAAUGUGAGUUUUUUUUAUCUUCAUCGUGCUGCAUCUUUUGAAUCCCUCCUCAUCUGAUAUAAAGUCAGCUGUGAUAAAGCUGCUGGUGAAUACUUUGGUGUGUCACGUUUGGGGGAGUUAACAGUGCAGAGAGGAGCCCACAGUAUGUUAGUCACAGAAAAUGGAGCGAGUGUUUAUCCGUGAGUGUUGCGUUUACUGUAUGUGGGGCAAAUGGUACAUUAGAGCAGCCUGACUGAUUCAUCAGGAUUUGCACAUAAUGAAAUAAUUACUGCAGGGAGAAAAGCUUGGUGUGUGAGCAUUUGUUUUAUUUGUGUGUGUGUGUGUGUGUGUGUUGUGAGUCAUGUCUUAUGGGUCACACUGCUUUGUGCUGAUAUUUAGUUGAUUUCCGGCUCCUGUUUGUAUGAUUGGUAAUUGAUUGUCUUGUGUUUUCGUGUCAUGCACAGGAAAUAAACCCCUGCAAGUGUGUGUAGUGACUGCAGUGUGGGGAAAGGAUUUCUGUGGUUUAUUUAAAGGACAUAAAUCUUGUUAAUUGGUGUUUUUACGUCACUACAUCUCAGAGGGACAGUGCAUUUUAUCAUGUUUUGAUUGGAGGAUGACUUUAAAACAUGGGUAUAGGGGUAAACUGGCCUCUUGGCUACCUAACUCAUCUGCAUUUGUGUUUAUUAGUGGAAACAAGUCAAAAUCAGAGGGAAAAAAGCCAAGAGCGACUCAACCUGUGCUUUUAUGUUGUGGAGCUGUGCACUUACUGUCACAUUUGUCACAGUGUUCACUGAUAUUGAUGGCUCCAUGGGAAGAACCACUUGAUACAACAAAAACAGGGAAAUAUCAAACAUGGUCAGUACUUAAAAUCAGAAACUUCACAUGUGGGGGGAUUCCUGAGAAUGCUAUCUAUUGCCACAAGAGCCAGUUUGUUAGAAAGCUAAAUGAAGAAGUAAGCAACACAUGCAGCCGUGGCAACAGUUAGCUCCUGUAGUCUUCCACGUUUGUUUACGCUAAAGUCACGUUUGACCACGAGAGAUUUCAACAGUCAGGACUCUGAGUCUUCAUGUGUGGUAGGGGAUGAAUAAGGGUUGCAUCUCCCUCUAUCCCCUCUCUAAAUCUAGUGCAAGAUAGCUAUCUAACAUGAGUCUGGUUCUGCUCAAGGUUUCUGCCUAUUCAAGAAAACUUGCAAUAUUACACUGGUGUAGAUGAAGAUGGGAUAAGAGGGGGUCUAAUCUUACAGAACGGGACUUAAUUUUGUCUUUAUGUUGGGUUUGCUCAUAUCAUGAAGAGAGUGGUCUAGACCAGAGUCCUGAGAUAACACACUCCUGGUCGUGGUUUAGAUGAUUCAAUUUGUCACUGAGACCCCUCCAAACUUGUGGUCUGAAUUUAACUUUAUCAAAUGUUUCUCAACAAAACUCAGUCCAAGAGACAUAAUAAAUUUGUAACAUAUAAUCUGUGGUAAUUUUGUGCCCUUCAUAAUUUACCAGAAAAACAUUACUUUAAGAGUUGGAUUAACUCUGAUGGUGUUUAAAUGCUGCCCUAAAACUGGUGAAUCAUUGAUGGUUUUUAGUAAUAAAUAGAUAAAUGGGGACACUCUUGAUAAUGGGUAUUUUCUAUAAAAUCUUAAUUUUUUGCAGAGACUUUCGUACUUUAACUUAAGUAAAUCUGAUCACUAAAUAUCUAACAAACAAGUGAACAAUAUGUUUUUAAUCUUAAUCACAUAAAAGCAAAAAAAUCUGGAGUUCUCCCUCUGACUAUUGAGGACAGCAGAUUAAAAACACUCAGGAUAUAAAAUGAAUAAGCUGUGGAAGUUUAAAUGAAUAGGAAGUUUCUUCUGCAUUGCAAAAAGUACCAUUACAAGGUGAUUUUUUAACAAAACUUUGACAGUUUCUGGUGUGUAAAUGAUCAGAAAGGCUUUGGUUUGACACUGGUGCGUCUAAGUUUGCCCAGAAUUGAGUUUUUAGUUUGAUUUGUUUUUAUUCCUCCACCAUAUUUUCUCAAAGGUUUACGAGAUGGUAGAAGGUGUCAAAUUAACGCUGAAUAGCACACCCUGCAGCAUUUAAAUGCAUCCCUCAGGAUCUGGCUUACAUUUUUAAUCUGGAGCACGGUGAAAAAGAUAAACAAAACCGAAAGUAAAAUCAUGCAUUCACCACUCUGUGGGUAGUAUUUGUCUAAAACCAGAUAAUAACACCGUUCCCUGCCACCAUCUCUCCUGUACUCUGCCAAAAAUGACCCGCCAGCAUCAUUAAAGGAUGAUUAAAGUGAUUUACGGUUUAAUUCAUUUUUCCACGAGUCUUUCAUUAAUUUAAAAGAGGGCUCGAGGGCCGAGGUCAGCUGGAGUUCAUGUCCCGCAGGUUUAAGGGCAUGCUGACUUUGCUGCUAAAAUUUUAAACACAGAGAGAUCCUUCUUAGUUUUAUUGGUUUUAUGUAACAUUUGCAUUUAUUUUGCCAACCUUAAAUGCAUUACCCUUAGGAAACCCCACAGAGGGUGGCUGCACUAGGGGUUCGUUUUUCAGCAUUCAGACUGUUUUUUAGUGGUUUAAGAGGUCAUUACCAUAUUAAUCAUGAGAUUUGGUGAAAAAGAGCCUGCAGGGAAGGAAUUAAAGGGGUUUAAGGGGAAUUUAAUACUGCUAAUACCAGUAUUUAAGAGGCCAGUCUUUAAUUUGCACAGGCGCAUCCUUCACCCAGUCCAUUUUUAAGGCCACCCUCAUCAAAAUCUUCAUCACCCACUUCUUAUGAGUCCAAAUUAAAAGCCACUUUUGCAUAUGUCCUGCUAAAUGGGUCAUUGGUCCUAAUCUCCCUCUUGGUUUUUUUGAGUCUCUCCAUUCAUCAUUUAUCUCUUUUCAGCCUCUUCCCUUGCCAUUCAUCCUUCUCCUCUUCAUCCCUGUAUCUUAUUUACCUCCUCACCUCCCCCCUCUUCAUUUACCUCCCCUCCCUUCAGCCCUUCCUCCAUCUUCCCCUCCGCCACCCUGUCCCAUAAAUGGACCGUGAAAAUCCCAUCAGAGUACACAGGAAUGAGAGGGCGUUGAUAAGUAAUGAGCGGCGUAUGAAUAAGAGAUGGCUGCCACUUAGUUAAUAUGGUGUCCUUCACGUUGAGGGAGAUCGAUGACUGGCUGUCUCCUCCAGCCUCGAGUGCAUCUCUGAGACGGCUGCUGGGGUUUUGAAGUGUCACUCAGCGAGGUCGGAUCUGCAGAGUGUGAUUUUAUUUUGGUGGGGGGUGCUCCAGCUCUCCAUUGUUUAUUCUGAUUUAGUGAGUAAAGCUUCUCUACACUUUGUCCUUUCAUACCCUCUCUCUAAACUUCUUAUUUCCCUGUAUACUAAGUGAGUUUUCAAGAUGUAGCCAGAUUUUUAGCAGUUUUGGAAAGCUUAAGUGGAGACUCAACCUCAGAACUUAUUGGCUGCUGUCUGACAGCACUAUACUGUAUGCCUCUGAGAGCCAAGUACAGCCGGCAGUUAGUGAUGAACCACUUCCAAGUGAGAUAUCCUUUACUGUGCGCCAAAGUCCCAUUAGCAACUCGAGAAGCUCCCGUUCAAAUCAAUCUGAAUCCACUGUAGUGGCCUGCUGUCUCCAACUGGUGCUAAUCGGACAAGGAUUCAGUUACUGCGAUAAACAGAUAUUAUCAAGUGCAGCUAACAAUAAUGUUGUUAGUCUGGCGAACUUAAAGCUACUAUAAGGAGUUUUAUCAUGUUUACGAAAUAGACUGCAAUUCAUAUUUAUACUUUUGUAUGAUAAAAAAAACAAACAAACAACAUUUAAUGACUCUGAAAACUAGUUUUUAUUUUCUAGCGCCUGAAACUAGUGUGAAGGGGUGAUGUCAGCAAAGCAGCUAAAGAAACAGCCCUGUCUUUAUGUUUAGCACAUAGAUUUUCACAAUGACUGAGACAUUUGACUGUCAGAAAUCAGCAGGGUGACAUUUUUUGUGAAAAGUCACCACUUAGGAAUGUUAAGGACAAGUCAAAGAAAGUCUGCUUUGUCCCCACGGGGUGCCAAGUGAAUGUUUCUUAUUGCAUAACAGGAAUUUACUGCAUCUACAUAACUGUCAGGUCCUAUCUUGUUAGACAAAUUACGCUUAAAUUGAAAUAGGGUGCAGAGUCCAGUGGAGCAAUGACUCGUGUGAAACAGGUAUGGUUGGCGGGCGUGCGUGCUCUAAGUAGCACUUUAGCCACACCCACAAUUUUCUGGAAUUCAGCCCCUCCAACACGUUGGACCUUGAACAAUGAGGUUUGCUGGGCUUAUGUACUAAAAAGACCUAUACACAACUACACCUUGGACUUGGAUAUUGUAAAAUCAAUAGAAAGACAACAAUCAGGCUAUUUUCCAGGGAUUCCUUUGGGGUUUACAGCCUCUAAAGAAGUCCUCCCAUAGACUGUAUAUAGAAUGGACAUCGUCUGCCUCCUCACUUGGUGAAGCCACCCCGAGAACAGCACCCUCUGGUGACGGGGUGCAGUAUAGGUCAUUAAUCCCACCUCCUCCAGCAAUCCCUAUGGAGCUGUGGACAAACUUUAGAAAUUUAGUACACAGAACAUGAAUUUUUCUCCCCUCUGCUUGUGAUGUUGACAUGUAGUUACUGUAAGACUGGUUUGUGCUCAAGUCCUUUUUUUUCUGUGAAGCUCCUUUUUUAAAAGUUAUUGGGGGUUUAUGUUUUCUAUGAUUGACACUUGAUACAGCCUAUGGGUGUGCGAAGAUUGUAUAGCUCACCAAAUGUGUACAAUACUACUGCACAAGUGGUGGAGUGCGUACAACGCUACUGCGCAAUGUUGGUUUCAGGAAGUGGAGAAAAACCGCAGAAAUACAGAGAGCUUUUCGGCUUCAAAUCCAUAUACUGGCAGAAGGCAGAACCAAGUUGUCCAUGGUACAGUCUAUGAGUCCUCCAAACCACCUCAUAUUUGCUUGACAGGAAGAAGAAAAGGUUAGUUUUUAGUUUUAGUGUUAAUCUGCAGCUCGGUGUCUCGCCCCUUUUACCCAAAUAUGAAGCGUCCAAAUCUUCCUUCAUCUUUACCCCUAAGAUUAGACUCUGUUCAUGUAAGAGCGAGUUUUUCACAGCACAGGCAGCAAGGCAUCUGCAGCAGCAAACCUGUGGCAUGAUGGAGUUCAGGGGCUCUCAAAAAAGACUGUGUAUCAGUGACUCUAAUGGGACAUGAUGAUUCAAAGUUAAUGAUGCAGAGAGAAAGAGGAUGGAGACGGAGAAAAGGUGCUCGAUGUGCCAGGACCCGACAGUCUGAACCUAUAGCAGCAUCACUAAGCGCUGGUCCAGGCUCUAACUAUGAGCUUCGUGUUGGUAAUUUGGCUGCGACACUUGUAAAUGUUGUCCUGUGAAAUUAAAUAUUCAUGCAUUUGACUUUGGGCUGCAGAUUCAUGAAUAAACAUGACGCUGUGCCUCCAAAUCACAGCGGUGAAGGUCUUGCAUGAAUCAGCAAAAGACCAUUUGCGUGUGAGUGUGAGUGUGUGUUACCUGGGGUUAUAGACUGUGAAUAACAUUAUGUCUCAUAUGUCUAGCUGUCAAUCAGGUUCUUUCAAGAGUGGUAAUGUGUUUAAGCUGUGCUUUUACAUUGAAAGUUACACUGUGCAGAAAUAAUUUGCUUUGUUUUUACCAUUUUUGUGGUUUUAUUUGGAGCUCCGUGUUUGAGAAUGGUCUGAUCCAGCGAGGCGUCAAGGGGAAACAUUUGGUUUGUCAGUAAAUUUGGUGUAAAUCAAACACUGGGUACACAACAGUGAAGCCUGAGGGUGACUUUCCCACUACUACACACGCUAAUAAACACACACACGGGCUCACACACACUAUCUGAAGGCAUAAAUAUGCGUUAGUGAAGCGGAUGAACUUUCGCUGAGGGACUGCAGCGGAAGACACACUGAUCCAGUUUCCUCUGAUCAGUCGAGCAGAAAACACACUGUCUAUUUAAAGCACUCACACAUACGAGGCUUCACAUGUGCAUUUCAGAGUGUGUGUGUGUGUGUGUGUGAGAGAGAGAGAGACCCAGCUCACUCCAGUGAAGAGCAACUCACUGUGGCACUGCUUCCAGUUAAAAAUUAAAAACCACAAGUGCACAGUUGCACUUUCUGCUGCUGUCAGGAUUUCAUUGUUUGCACCGUCAUCUUAAGAUCAUUUUAUUCUUUCAAAUGGGACAGAUUGGAUUCUUCCCCAUUAAUAUUAAUAACUCUGUAUUUUAGCUUGGAAAGAGCUGUUUGUGAAGUGAGGCUGAUAAUUAAUGUUUUCUGCCAUUACCAUAUAAAAGAAAACAGACUUAAAAAAGGCAAUUUGUGUUUCCUCUAAAGCUUAAUUUUCACUAGGUCGGAUUAGCCCCCAAGCUACAGCGCGAGCAGACGUUUAACUCUUAAUCCUGCAAAGUGGGAUGCCUGAGUGGAAGUGUAAUGAGAUGCAGAUUGACCUGCUAUCUCGCACAUACCUUCACUCUUCUUUUAAAGCUAUAAUUUAUAUUUAGCUUUGAGUUAAAGGUUUUUUUUCACCGCCACAACCCAAUCUCCCAGAAAAUUAGGUUAUACACCAUUACAUUGGUAGAGCUAACAUGUUUCCACAGAGUAUAAUGCUGCCUGGACUGUGUUUGAUAUCAAAGGAACACUUAAAUGAAAAAUACAACCCAGGAAUUUUCUUCCUUAUUCCUAUUUUUAUCACGUUUUCUCUCUUAAUUUGCCCUUUCAAUACAGUAUCCACAUAAAAGACACUGAAACAUACUUAUCAGAGUUAGUUGUGUGUAGUAAACUGAAGGAGUACAUUUCUCAGUAUGUGCCAUCUCUGCUUUGGGAAACUGUGCCAGCAGUGCCCACAUUUACAAGGAUGCAUUGUGAGCAAGCGGAGGAAGCCUCAGGCUUGGCCUUGUUUCGCAAAGUGUUGUUUGGAUAUCUGAAUCAGCUCGUCUCUACAAAAUAAAUCCUCAUCCUUAAAAUCCCCCUCAAUAUGUGUGCAGAGUGUUGUGGCUAAUUCAUCAUCUGGAACAAUAUGAUACGAUUUGGUACGAAUGCAACAGGUAACGACACAAUACAAUACAACAUGAAACAGCAUAGUAUGAUUCAAUACAACAAGAUAAGACAAAGUAUGACAAUAACAGGGUCCAAUAUCAUAUAACCACAAAAAUACCACACAGUACUACACAUUAUUACCAGAUAUGAUAUGGUGCAACAUAGCAUGACACAGUCCAUUAUGGUGAAAUACAAGAAGACAUUGUACACUACAGCAUGACACAAUACAAUACAAUACACCAUGAAACAAUGCUACAUGAUAGAAUCUGAUACGAUAAGAUACAAUAAAUAAAAAUGUGAUAUGAUGCAACAUGAUACAAUAAAUAAAAAUGUGAUAUGAUGCAACAUGAUUUUAUAUGAUGUUGUUAUAUACUAUUAACAAGAUAUAAUACCAUAUGAUGCAAUACGGUUUGCUUUGAUAAAACACAAUACAAUAUGACAUGAUAAGAUUCGGUACAACAUGCUACAAUACAAUGCAAUAUGCCAUGACAUAUUACAAUUUUAUAUAAUACAAAUAAUUUAAUAUGAUAUAAUACAUUACAUUAAAAUACAUACAAUACUAUAUGAUUAUAUGAUAUUAUAAUAUAUGAUUAGAUACAAAAAAAUACAAUACUUUAUGUUACAGUGUGAUACAAUACAGUAUGGUAGAAUACCUUAUGAUGCAUUAUGUUACAUUCAGAUAUGAUAAGAUACAUGAUGUGACGCAAUGUAAAGCUGUAGGGUAGGAUAAGUUACUGGAUGAUACAAUAUAUAAUGUUGCUCUACUUUAUGUUAUAGUAUGUAUGUAAAAUUACAUUUUAUUACGUCAAGUUAUAUCGGCAUGCAUUAAUUUACCAUACCACUCCAUACAACACAAUAUUAAAUUAUAUGAUGGGAUACAAUGGGAUUUGAUAAGGUAGAGUAUAUACCGUAUGAUUAGAUUACACACUUUAUUGUCCGUAUGGAGGGAUUUGUCUUAGUAGCUCCCCACAAAAUGAAAAACAAUGAAAAAGCAACAAUUUACAAGAGGUUCAUGCAAAUAACAGCUUCUAAUAGUAAAGUGUUUAUUACAAUCCAAGUCAAGACACAGAUUAUUAAACCAUUAUGAAAUAGGGUGCAGAUUUUUGUGGUAAAAAAAUUGUGUUAAUAUUCAACACGAUAAUUCUUCUCACCUACCUGCAAUAAAGUUGACACCAAUUUCCCGCUUUUAAAAGCCUGUCAAUUUUUCUGACACCUUUUGUAACAUCCCUGUCUCUCCUGUAAUUGCAUUUUUCCAGGUGUGGAUUUGUGCCUCUCUGUGUAUUAGCAGAUAAACUUUGAUCAAAAUAUAUCCUUUUUCCCAAGAUGCUCGGCUUUCUGUUUCGUUUGCCCAGGUGGCUUUUUAAGAUUUUCUGUGUGCUUCUUUAAAGAUCGGACCAUUACUGUGUGAAGAAUGAUGUGAGAUCCGUACACAGCUCCAAAAUGUAAUUGCUCCCCUCGGUAUUGUAAGCUGCUCUUAGAAAGCCUGAAACGCUUCUUCCUCUGUCACCUGAUUUCUUUGUGCUGUUGUUGUUGUCUUCUGCUUUGGACUGCAAAACAAAGAAGCUGUUUUAGCAGAAGUUUGUUCUCUUAUUUUCAAAAUAAGAGCUGACAUUCUGCCUCCCAUAUUACAUUUCCUCCACUGACAUUAAGUCUCUUUUCCCCACUGUCAGAUACUGUAAGUCAUGUGUUAUUUCCUGCAUGCUUUGGAUCUACAUUUCUGUUAGUGAUUGUGGAUGUUUUGGAUUAUUCAGCCUUCAUGUUAGGGAUUUCUAUUUAAGGAUUAUCUCCAUUAGCGUCACUCAUUUCUGUCUUUGAAAGCAAGUAACACAUCUAUUUUCAGGUUUAUUCCAGUCCUCAAUUUUCCUUUUUUAAACACCACAACAUGACCAUGCAGAGUAAUGAAAUGUUUUUGGGUUAUAUGCAUCACUGAAGCACAACAUAUCGGGAUUAAUCUUUAACCAAAAGACAGUCAAGACUAAUGCUGUCUUAGCAUUAACGUUUUCUUUCCCAGACUGGUUAGAAAUCAUGUUCUUGCUUUGGGUUUCAAAAUCUGGAGGUUUUUUUUUUUUGACAAGCUUACCUGACUGGCAGUCCCCAGAAACUGAUUUUUUUUUUUUUAAACACAGUGUUAUCGGCUUCUUUAACACACUUUAUAAACAAUUUAAAUCUUAUCUUACCAAUAGUAUCAAGAGAUUUUUAAGUCUGUAUGUGUGAAUGUUCAUCUAGAGGCUAUAACAUGAAUUAUGGUGUUCCUCAGGGUUCAAUUUUAGGUCCUCUACUUUUUUAUUUUUUGAUGCUACAUCUUGGAAAUGUCAUCAGGGGGCAUGGCAUCAACCUCCAUAGCUAUGCAGAUGACACACAGCUAUAUGUUGCCAUGCUUGAAAAUGACCCAGGGCCAGUUAAUACCCGUUUUAACUGUAUAGUCUAAAUGGCACCAAACUUUUACAGCUUAACCAGGACAAAUCUCAGAUACAGACAAAUCUCAGGUACGGCCUUGCUCUGAGUUAGUGGUCAGAUUUGUUACAAGAACCCGUAAGAGCCCUCAAGUGUCUAAUUAUGCCAAAAGUCCAAACAAAGACUGUUUACAGCCCACAUCUGUGGAACAGUCUACCAAAAGACCUGAGGGUUUUGUCUAUCCCAUGUAUGGGUUAUGGGGUGGGGGGUCUUUUUGUCUAUACUUAUUUUGUUAUUUGUAGUACUUUGUGCAACAGUAUGCUGUUACAAAUACGAUCUGAAUUAAAGUUUAAGAUUAUAAUGUCUUUUUGUGAGGUUGUGAGUCAUCUGCAUAGAGUUGUUACAAUUUGUUUGCUGUAAGCUGCUUGUACCAUCUUUCCUCGGAUAAGUCAAAUUUCAGCUCACAUGCCCGCUACCAGGCAACAAGUCUUUUAAUCCUUGAUCUAUCUUGAAAUAGGAGUCUUCCACCUUAAAUAUUGAGGAUUAAAUGGCAGAUGUAGUUGACUACAGUAAAGCUCUGCAUCCUGCUCUGGGUGCUUUGGAUUAAAGCUUAUAAAGGCCAUUUAAUGGGUGACUUACAUCCCAAAUGGUUGGCUCUCAAUUGUAUUUUUUGUCUCUCCAAGCUAGUAUGAAUCAGAAGGGGAUGCACUCUCAAAUUGAUGAACAACUUAAGUGCUCAGUUAGAUGUUCAUCAAAGCGUGCUUGGUUGAUUUGUCAGCAAGUUCACAGAUAGGUCAGCUCCUUUUUCAGUCCCUCCAGGGUUUUACGGGCUUUGUCUGGGAUUGUUGCAGCCCUCCAUGUCCAAUGUGAAUUUUUCUAUUAAAAAUAUGAUUAAAGGAUAUCCAUGGUCACCAUCAAAAAGCCAUUUAAAGAUGAUUGGGCACAGUCAUUGAUUUAUUGUUAAAGUGUACUGAUCAUUUGAACUUUUAGAUUUUCUCGCCUGUCUUUGGGCUGCUCUACAACUUUAUAACCCACCAGAAGUUGCUUAAAAGUAAGACAAAAACAUUAAAAUAAAAGCAAAAGCCCAAAUUGGAUGGGGAUUGGUUAAAUUUCAACAUCAUCACGUACUAGAACGAGUAACACAGAGCGCAAAUGGCAAAGUUUUCAUAAAUUUACACUAAAAAUCUUCAUCAAACUUUCCUUUCAACUGGAAAUGUGGUAUCAGCAAGUGCGUGGUGGUGAGAAAGAAAGAGAGAGCACCAGAUGGCUGGUGGGAGUGCUUUUUGAGGCUGAAGAUGAUGCAGCUCUAUUCCAGUACAGUAAAAUGAUUGUUGCUCACGCAGUCAGGGGUUUGCAGGGAGGCUGAUUUGUUCAGGCUAUAGCAAAGCCUCGGAAACACAGAGGAUUCCCUGUCUUAAAACCUGUGACAUGGAAAAUCAAGACAAAGAUAAUGUUGUACUUCCCCUUCCUGAGUUGACACAUGAGCCGUGCUUUGAUUAAUCUGCAGUAAUCAUUCCUCUGCUCUCUAGUUUACAUACAUUCAGACAUCUAACUGUUCCCACUUGCUUCCACUUGUGUUACAUCAUUUUAUAUUGACAAUAAAUAAUUUGUCCUGCUUGUUUUCUCUUCCCCCAGGACUAAGACAAACCACUCUGACAUGCAUGUUACAAUCUGAGCCGCCUGUGUGCUUGCAAUCUCUGAUUUGGUUUAUUCCUGUUCAUGCGUGGAUUGAAAUACGAAAGCACUUACAGUCAUUCUGCUUAGGCUGGAACCUUUCUUAUUCCCCUCAGCUUUAGUAGAUCGAGUUUGGCUUCACGGGGGAAAAGACUGGUCUGUUUAAAUAUUAGGGGAGUGGUGCUUUUCUGGAGGAACAGUGGAGGAAGAUUGUGGUUAAAAGGAAAAGUAGCAGUGUUAGAAUAGAGGUCAGAAAGUGAGAUGUAAAAGCCGUGAGCAUCAGCAGCUGUUUAAGAAAUUACCAGAGGACGCAUAUGGAUACAUAACUCAUCAAUUGCUUUUCUUAAGAAACUGGUUAUUCUGAUCAUUUUAUGCUGAGAAGUAUGCAGACUCUAAAAGUCUCAACAUGUUUCAGCUUUAUUGAUGACAUGGAAACCUUUUGGAUGUAGAUGAAAACGCUGCGCAUAUUUCCUGGCUGCAAAGUGGAGAACAUCCUUUGAAAUUGAAUUUACUGCUUCAGGCCCUGUUACAACAAAUUACAGCAAUUUUAUCACAAAAAAUAGCGGCUUUCAUCUCUCCAAGACACUGUUACUGAGCUAAUUUAAAAGCUCCAGCGCUGAAGUGUGCCGACCGGCCCUGCCUGAGUAACCUCAUUCCAGAUGGCAGCUCGCUGAUCAUGCCAGGUCAGCCUCACUCGCCUUUUACCUCAGGCCUAGACACACACGGAAACACACACUAAUAUUAAGAACCUAUGAAGAUGUGCUGUUGAAUUAAAUGCAAUCCAGGAAUCUGUGAGAAGCCUUGAAACAUUGAUUAAAACCUCAGUUGAAAAUUAAUCGAAGGAAAUGAAUCAAGUUGACAUAGUAAUGAGUCGGGACAAAGCUCAGCGUGGCAUUACCAGACUUAAUAUAACAAUGUAAAUCAAGACAACACAAUCCAACUCAGCAUAGUGUUACUAUAUGCAAUAUAACGCAGCGGAAUGCAACCUAAUGUACUUUUAUGUUAUGUGUUGUAAAAUCACAUGGAGUAAUGAAACAUUAUGUAACAUAAUGUGACAUUUCAAGUUACAAGAUAAAACAUGACAUAACUGAAGGUGAUAUAAUAUAACAUAGCGCAACAUCACAUAAUGUAAUGAUACAUAAAGUUACAUGAAAUAACUGGGUGCAACAUACCGUUUUAUAUCCAAAUAAAUUGGUAUACUAUCAACCAUAUUUAUACAGUAUUGCGUAGUAACAAAGUAUUGCAUUGUAUUGUGUUGUGCUGUAUAGUAGUAUUUAUUUUGGUGUCAUAUCUAACUGCAUAUAAUUUUGCCAUUUUAUCUCAUACUUAGUAAAGUAACGCAACAUGUGUUCAGUGUUGUUUUUGGCAGGCAUUUUAGAUUUAGUUUUAGUCUUAGUCAUUUUGACGAAAUGCUUCUUCGUUUUAGUCCCAUUUUAGUCAUUUCUAUCCUUGAUAGUUUUCGUCUAGUUUUAGUCCGACCAAAACUCAAAAGGUUUUCGUCUAGUUUUAGUCGACGUAAAGGUGCCUUUUGAGGUUCGUGGUGUUCUUUCCCGACAGUUUGAAGCAUGAGGAAGCUUUGGCUCCACAACUGUCGUCUGUCUCGUCUCCCCGUCCCGUGUUUUAUUGUCACUUUUAUUUUAUUGUCACUUGAACUGUAUCUGAAGUAGGACCAAAAAUCAUCCCUCUUUUUUCGGCCACCGGGCACCGCUGCUGUGCCUGCCGCCACGGUGUGUGUGUGUGCGCGCCUCGUCCACCUGCCGCUCUGUGUAUGUGAAUGAGUGUGUGCGCGCAGCUGUGCGCGAGCGAGGUUUUUGGUGCGUGUGUGAUGGGGGCGUGACUGUUAGGACAAAAAAAAGCAUGUUUUGAAACUUUGUCCGUCCACCUAAUAACAAUUUAGUCUCGUCUCGUUCUCGUCUGACGAAAAUGAAUAUAAUUUUCGUCACAUUUUAGUCUUUACAGAGCUUUGGUGGCGUUCGUCUUAGUCUCAUUUUCGUCAAGGAAAAAAGGGGUCUGACGUCGUCAUUUAAGUUUUCGUCCUGCCUGACGAAAACAACACUGCAUGUGUUGUAGCAUAACCUAAAGUAACAUGACUAAUGUAAUGUAACAAAACACAACACAAUGUAACAACAUAACACAACUUAUCCCAACAAUACGCAGUAUAACAAUAUUUUACGGGAUGUAAAAAGAAUUAAUGAAACAUAAUGUGAUGUGACGUGACUUUGCGAGACAUAACUUAAUGUAACAUAACAUGUCAUGAUGUAAAGUAACUUAGAGUGGCGUGAUGUCAAGUAGCAUAGAGUGGCGUAACGUAAAGUGACAGAGAGUGGCAUGACAAAGUGACAUAGAAUAGCGUGAUGUAAAGUGGCAUAGAGUGGCGUGACGUAAAGUGACAUAGAGUGGCGUGACAUAGAGUGGCAUGACAUAGAGUAGCGUGACAUAAAGUGGCAUAGAGUGGCGUGUUGUAAAGUGAUAUAGAAUAGCAUGACGUAUAGUGGCAUAGAGUGGUGUGACAUAGAGUAGAGUGACAUAAAGUUGCAUGUAGUGGCAUGAUGUAAAGUGAAAUAGCGUGGCCUGACAUAGAAUAGCAUGACCUAAAGUGGCAUAGAGUGGCGUGACAUAAAGUGGCGUGAUGUAAAGUUAGACGAUGUGAAGUGAUGUGACGUAAGUGACAAAAUGUAAUCAAAAUUAUUAGCGUCAACAGCUUGGUGGUACACUAUUAGAAGGAGCAUGUUGAAGUUAUUCCUCAGAAAUAUAUCAGGUGAUGACUUGCAGAACUGAUUGCAUGUCAGUUUCCCAGCAUUCCCUCUUAAAUGUCCAAAAGUUUGUGUUCUUGACCCCAACUCCUCAGUCUUUGUCUGUCCAAGUGUUCCCAAGAUUCCUCCAAAGGCAAAUUGUACAUUUUUUAUGAAUGAAUGUGAUUGUUGGGUGCUUUCCGAUCUGUGUUUGAAUGUGUAUAAAGCUUGCUUUGAGAGUAGGAAAGUGGUUCAUAAGUUCGUCAGUGUACAGAUUUGUUUCAUGUUUGUGCUUGGGCUGACCCUAAUCAGGUCAGACGGACUUUUGUUACAGCAACAGGGAGCCAAAUACAUCUGUCUGAACAAAUAAAACCCAAGCUUACAGAUUCUUCAGAGGAAAACUGCUGCAGAUAAAAAAAAAUAGUCAUAAAAUUCCUUCUGUGGCUUCAGGGAGAGCUGAACUAAAUCUGAAAAUGCCUCAAGUAGGGCCACAUGAGAGCAGAGGCAGCUUGAGGCUUCUGCUGCUGCUGGCACAACACACUAACAUCUCAAACUCUGCAGUCAAACGUGCAAGUGUAUUGUAAGCCAUAUAUGUUUUCCAGAGAGAAAAUAGUGUAUUUUUCCAGUUACUAAUAAAGUCUUUCAGUAUCAAUGUCACUACUUCAGCUUUUUAAGAGGAUUUAGGAUGCAGAGUCUAAUCUUUAUACUGACCUUGAACCUAAAACCGAGUAUUAACCCUGAAAUAAAUGUUUCACCUUUCAAGAGACGGAUUUUUGUCCACACAUGGGAGCUCAGCGACCAUAAUAUGACUGCGUUAACAGAUUUCUGCCUCACAAAGUCAUGACAUGUAGCACACACACACGUGCACACACACACUGGCGACGUAGUAACUCAAGGCUGUGCUGCAGGACUUUUAUGUUGCAUGUAGGUUAAUGCACACUCUGCCACACUUCCUCUCCUCUGGCUCAAAUAAGCUCUGCAGAGAUGAUGUGUGUGUGUGUGCGGCUGUCGUUAACCCAGAAUUUGAGAGUGUGUGUUUGUGUGUGUGUGUGUGUGUGUGUGUGUGUGUAAGGGGGGGGGGGGGGGGGGGGGUAUUCGGGAUCUAUUUAUGGUAACAAACCAAGUGCUGAUGUCAGACCCCGGAGGAGCAUGGACAUUCAAUGGUGAUACAGUGUGCAUUGUUACUAUGGCAACAAGCUUCUGCUCAUUCAUUAGGGAAGCCAAAUAAAUUAAACAGCAGAUUACAUGCCUAUAGAUGAGUCCUGUGUGAGUAUCAGCGCCUGCUUUGGUGCAUUUCUCAGCCUUUAACGCCAUCAGCAGUGGAAGAAUUGUUCACAGAAGGAACUGAUAGUCAAUAAUAGAUUGAUCAUCUCCAACAAUCCUCAUUUGCACAGUUUUAUGACAGUUAAGCUUCGGGCGAUCUACCUACUCUAUGCAUUUAUUAAUAUAGAAGAUGCCCUGAUCAAUUAUUGAUCUUAGGGGCUGUUCGUCUUUGCUCCGCAGCACUUUUGUUGCCCUGACGCUCUCCUCUGAAGCUAGCCCCCCUGCGAGGAAAAGUCAGAAUGAUAAAACCAUGCUUCCUUUGUCCUCCUGGAGCUCAAUCUGGUUAUUCUGUUUAGGUUUAUCUAAGAGGACUGUGGGGGGAUCAGUUUCUCUGGAGAGGAUGUGACUGUUUUGUGCUCCGGUUUGAAAGAUCUCUUUAUAAGAGGCAAAAUGGGAGUAUUUGAAGCAGCUUUUCUUCUGCUGCAGAGGCUCUGUUUGGAUUUAGUGGUAUAUAAAGACACUGUUAGAUCAACUUGAAAUGAUGUAAAACUAAUGCUCCGUAUUUUAUGGUGAAUUAAAGACAGGAAUGCCUUAAAAAGUUAAUGAGAGUGUGAAAGGCGCUGACUCAUGAAGCAGACUUUGCACUUGCAGAGAGGUCUGUUUCUGUCUUUUUGCACAGCUGCACUGGACACAUCUGACCACUGAACCUUACGUUUGAAAUAUUAAUGGCUUACAUAUAGAUGCUUAAAAAGAUGCAUAUUGCAGCUUUCAUUGCAUUAAGGCUUGCUGCUGUAUAUCUGAAUAACUUCUGCUCCAUAUGCUGUACUUUCUGGGUUAGCAUUGGCAACAUUACUAACUCAGCAAGUCCAUUAGCUGAAACGCAUAUGUUCUAUGAUACAGGGUGCAAAUCUGUAGGUUUCACUCAGUGAGAAAGCUGGUAAGACUUUUUUUAGUGACUAAAAUUGAUCUACUGUUAGGUUAAGCAAUCCACGGACAAAAUGACCGCCAUGGAGAUAUGCAAAGAUGUAGACAAUGUGAAGAGAAAUCACAUGCAAAAAAGAAAUGCAGUAAAUCAAGACAGACAAACGGGAAUACUCCAAGUCUGCAGGGGGCGCUGUGUCUGCUUAGCCUUGUCAAACACUGUAUACGGUAUAUAAGACCAAAAACACUAACGCUUAUAUUGUUUUUGUGAGCUUUAGUGGUUUCUACUGCAAAAUGACAAUCCUUAGCAUGGUACAAACUUGAAUAAGAUGUAGAUGGUCCUUUGAAACAAGGUCUUAUACCAUGUACACCAAACGCAAAUGACUACCCAUCAGAGAGAAACACACAAAACUCAAGGUUCACUGCCGUGGAGUGCUAAUGAAAUCUAACAUUUCAUCAGAGACAGUUGGCCAAAAAUGAACAGGAGAUCCAUUUAAAAAUUAAAGCUGUUGCAAAAGUAUCACCAAUAAAUUGCAUGACAGGGAUUAGUAGACCUGUCUGUCCAGCAUAUAGACUUGGUAUGAAUAGAUAUGUGUAAGAUCCGUGGGACACCUUUGUUGUUUUGUUUAUCAAUCGCUAUGACACAGGCAUUUCGACCAAUCAGUAGCUUAUAUUCCUAUACGAUUAAAAGCUUUUCUUUUUAAAUAUAUAUAUCUCCUGGUAUUCAGAGUCUUCCUGCUCUAUCCUCCUUAAGGUUUUUUUUAUUCUUUUAUAUCAAGCUGAAGCCAAAUGCUUUAUUGGCACUUGUUCCGUGAUUCAUUUCAUCACUGUUUAUGUGUGAGAACCGUUCACUCUGAAGCUGUUGUGCAGCAGCUCACUCUGGUGUGCAAACCUUAAAAGGCUGUGAAGCAGAGGAAGAGGAGGAGGAGGCUAGGGUUGUGUGCUUGUGUGGCGGUAGAUGAGAGGAUGAAGAGGAGGAAGGGGAGAGGAGAUUGGUUUUGACCUCCAGCAGAUGUGAAACACUAAUACUGUAAUACAGCUGGCUGACCACACCGAGGGGGGGAAAUAAUAUUUGUUCCAGUGGAGUAAUUGAAAUUGUAGUGUAGAAAAAGUGAAUUAUAGGUACAGGAAUUGCUUCUUUACUUAUCUUAUAUACACUGAAAAUCUUUUCUGUAAAAUAAGGGUGGUACAAACAAUCAGGCAGCCACACGAGGAGAGAGGAGAGAGGAGAGCAGGUUGAGGAGCAGGAAGAGGAAGGUGUCUCAGCGGUGUAGCGUAUCACGUGGUAAAUAAGUUGCCAUUCUAAUCAAUGCAGCGAAGCAUCCAGGACGGGUAAGCAGUGUCGCAGCAUCGUAUGGAGAGCAGCACUGCUAAAGAUAUGCGGCGAGUCUAUUUUUGCUGCUCUAUGCUUCCAAUGUGCGUCAAUCCAUACAGAGAAGAUCGUUUUGGACAGGAAGUCAAGCACGAAAACUGCGCAUGUCAUCCAGUAUUUCAAAAUAAAACCCCAUAUGCGGACUCCCGUCUGUGUAUCAGUUUGUGUAAAUGAGAAAAACUUUCUGGUUAUGGAUUUAUCAGUAACACAGAACAAUCAGAUGGUCAACUGCUAAUAUCUGUGGACCCCAACAGGACUUUUAACUGCUAACUCUGUCUGAAGGUAAUGGCACAGCAUAUAGGAGCAUAGUUCACAACAGAAACAGAAACUGUAAAAUCACGUUGCUUUUUCACAUACAGUAGCGGCUCAACGGUCAUCGAAUAAUAUCUGAAUUAGUUGGAAAUAGACCACAGAAAGGCAAAACAACCUGUUGUGAGCAUGUUGUUUCCUUUAUACUAAGCCUAGCCGACCAGGGCUGCACUACGUUGUUCCCUUGCUCCAAAUACGCAUCCUGUAUGCAACACCCAAUACCCUGCUUUACAGAGUAAAUACGAAAUGCGCUUAAUAUGGAUCCUGUAUGUUUUCAGCUUUUGCCUGAUAAGAGAGAGGCUGCAGCGAUCAAAAGCGCUUAGGGGCCAACAACCGCCAGACUAAAAAGUGAGAGACUCUGAAUCAUAAUAAACUACAAGCCCAAGUCUUGACGUUAGGAUGGUACACACAAAUAUUCACACACCCAACUGAACAAGACCUCUUGGUGGUAAAAUCUUGUAGCGUGGGCCAAGCUUGAUUUUAUGGGCAAACAACAGCAGACUCCUUUGUAGGCUUUUCGAUGCCUUAAAGGUUCAUAAUUGAAAUAAUAAUAAUAUGAAACAUAUGAAAUAUUUUUCGCCUGAAGCUAGAGUAAAGGAUUAUCCUCCAACACAGAGCUGUUAGUGUGCAUCAUGACACACAGAGUGGAGACUGUGGAGGCAGCUGCAUCUUACUAUAUCAGGAACUCACUCUGCAAUCUGCCAAUGACUCACUUUGGCUGCUCAUGUGGUGGGAAGUGGGUUUUUUUUCUCACAUUGUGCAAAGGAUCUUGAAGUACCAGAGAAACAUUUUGACCAAAUGUGCUGUUUAAUUUCGGAGAUUGAAUGUUAACUUUGCUGCGCAACGAGGAAGUCGGUUUUCAUUUGAGGGAAGUGGAUUAAUUCUGUGCUGCUUUCCUCAUUACUAAAUUGUCAGCAUGCCAUGGUGCAGAGCCUUAUUGCAGGAGGAUAAGAUUUGAUUUGCUAACUAAUGCCAGCUUCUUCAACAACCACUUAUUCAGUUUUUACUCGUAAAAGAAGACCUUUCAUCACCUCCAUGUACUCAUUUGAGAGACUUUUAUUUGGCAAGAACAUCUCUGUUAAAAAAAGAGGAAGUGGGACCGAGGUGUUAGCGAUAAUUGAAAACUAUACAGAGGUCGACAUAAAAGGCCUUAAAAUGUAAAUGAGACUGAAUAAAAAGGGGAGGUGGGAUGUAAUCGAGGGGAGUUCAGCCCCUCCUCCCUGUCCCCUGGGUGUGAUUUUGACAAGGUCAGCACCGCCUUUAACCAUCCCCCGGCUGACAGCCAAACACAUCAGAGCUCCCCAUUGUUCUCCUGAUGUUCAUAUUCACCCGAAUCUUCUCCCUGAAAUUACUCACUCCAACUGUUUCCAUGUGACCUUUGCAAAGUUUCUGAAAGUAACUGAAAAUGAGACAAUUAUCCUUCGGCACAUUAAACCUAAAGAGCCUAUAGCCUCUUUCGGAUACAGACUCUUGACAUUUUCUAAAUAAUUUCUGGUCAUUUAAGGUCCUCAGACACCAAGAAUUUGCAUUUUAUGUAUCUCACAGCAGUUUGUUAGCUCUGUAAAGAAGAAGGACUGUUUUAGGUUUCCCAUAUUGACCGUAUAUAAAGAUAAAUGACCUUCCUUCAAGGGCUGGGCGGUUAAUUGAAUUUCAUUUUAAACUGGCUCCCUAUGAUCAUAAAAAUAAGAUAAUCGAGACAUAACGAUUUCCGUGCUGCUCGCUGUGUUACACUCGUUUUUUCCUUUAUCAGCGGACCUUCCCUUUCUUCCUGCACAGUGGAGUGUCAGCUCAACCCUUUCUCUAAAAAAGCUCUCACUUUCAUGUCAUCACAAUUAGCUCAACUUGAUACACAGCGAGGUUUGGGAGCACGGGAAAGUUGCAGAUCCUGCCAAAGUUCAUCCUCAGGACAUUGUACUACAUCAGUACAAACUAUAAGGCAGUGACAGGUGUAGAGAGGAGAGCAGGAAGAGGAGCAGGAGGAGGCAGGUGUGUGUUUCAGGGACAGAAUGAGCCUGACAAGAGAGAAGCUGUAACAAGCAAACAGCUACUCGGCCAGUAAGUGCCUUUUUCGACUGGUUGAUUAUUACGAACAGCACUGGCUGGUGGUCAAAAUCAUCUAGUCGAAUACUCGGUGAGUGACAUCCAGAAUCUAGCAUGUUUUGUAAGUGCUUGCAUCUUUCUUUGAGCGCCAUCUUCUGGGCAAAAUACUGUAACACAAUGUAAUACCUCUCUGUAUUUUAGACUGGUGUCUUAGUUACUCUUAAGUAAAAAGUGCAGCUCACUUUGAGAUGACACUAAGGCGUUAAAAGUGCAUCUGAAUAGAACAUUUUAUAUAAAUGAAGCUAAAUGUAAUGAAAAAAAAAGUUAAAGUUUGACCAUGUUCAAUCUGUUAAUAUGGAGGAGCUAGGCUCAAUGAUAUAUACUGCAGCAAACCAGGAGGAGCAUCCAAGUUAUGGCUUUACUUUUUAGGAGAUGUUAUGCCAUCAAUCUUUAAAUAAAGUCUAUGGUCACUCACUGCAAUAUGUAAAGAUAUAUUGGCUAUACAAAUACAAGAAUGUUAAACAAUAGCGACAAAUGAGGUUUAGCGGAGUCUGUUUAAGGUUGUUGUGAACAGAUUUGACCUUUUGUGUCCACACAUGCUGCUCUCUGAGGCAGCGUAGAGGAAUUUCCAGGCAGGUGUGAAAGGCCCUUUUGAAUAGUUUUUUUUUUUCUAUGUGUGCAUGCUUCUUUCAUCUGAAUAUCUGAAUAUGAUGUGAGGUAAGUGUUUUAAUUAGAUCCCAAUAAUAGUUCCUAUUUUAUCUACUUAAAUCUCCUCUGAGAGCUGACCCCAGCUCAGGUAACCACCGCUUAACUUCUCCCUUCCCACAGUUAUUAGCUGUCUCGGCACGUCCACAGAGUCCACCUGGAGAACUUAAUCUCCCAGCGGUGACCUACAUAAGGAUGAGGUUUUGGUCUCGUUCUGAUUAAAAAGUUUGCGAUUUAAGUGCCCACCGGUCUGGUCGAAUCAGGUAAAAGUUUUCUUCAAAAGAGCCUUUUCAGGUUCUGAUAACAGCAGGUGUCUGAAGCGCACAGAGAGGCUUUAGUCUUCAUAAGUUCAAUUAUUCACGAGUGUAGCCGUGUAAAAACUGCAUCCUGUCACAGUGAAUUGUAACCUUUAAAGUCGCCACUUCUAUUAAUAGAGCGCCUCACGGCCACAUCAUGAAAAAAUUAAAAUGUCCUUUCAUUUUUUAUUGCCUUUUUUGGACAGUGGACUCAUCUGAGACAUGUCACUGAUUCCUAAAGCCUGGUUUUAACGUAGGCAGCCUCGGCAAAGGAUUUGCAUGUAAUGCAACAAAUGUUUGAAAUGAGUCAUUAUGAGCUGGCAGGGCAGACACUCAACACAGAACACUUAUAAUACAGCCGUCAUAUAAGAGCAAAUCAGAGUACCCUAUCCUCACAAAGAUUCUGGUUUUUAUAUCGAUAAAAAAUCUUAAUUCCCAUUAAACAACUUUUGAAUUUGAAACUGUCAGAUUUAAAAUGAAUCAAAUUUGGUCUAAUGUGCAAAUGCAGCUAGAACCAGUUUUUAAAGAUGAUAAAUUUGACCUUGAAAAAUACGCAGGAUGAGAUUUUCUGCUAAAAGUAUGAAAGCAUGUAGAAGACAUAAAAAGCAAUGAUUAGGGAUGGGAAUUGAUAAGAUUUUAUCAAUCUUGAUGCCAUUAUUGAUUCUGCUUAUCUAUUCAAAUCUUUAACGAUUCCCUUAUCAAUGCCUUUCUUUGAUUUAAAAAAAAAGGAGACUAUAGGUUUUCACCAGUAACUCAAAAUUUUAUUGAGUCUCUGAUAACAGAAAAAGAUUUAUGCCAUCUUCAGUGAGAGUCUCAAAAUAAUCAAACAACAAACUAUUUGUACAGCAUUUACCUCGGUCGGUAUUAAGUUAAAAAUGGGGGGAUUAUAUUGUGGAUCACCAAAAAGAGGACACGACCAUGCAGAGCGGAGUUGCGCAAAAUUUUGAGGGUUUUUCGGGUCAGGGCAAGUGUUUUUUACACGCUUCUAACUCAGUCCAUGCUACACAAACUCAAAACUUCCAUACAAAACCCCGAGACGGAGCAGCAGCUCCUGAUGACCGGCGGAGAGCAUUGAAUACAUAUUUGAUGCUGUGCCCUGUUGACAAAUGUUUAAGCAUGUUGCUGGUGUUUCCACCUCUGCAUAUUAUCACUGCUCGACAAAUGUUGCACGUCGCGCUGUUGUCGUCUUUCUUAGUAAAAUGAAGCCACGCUUAAGAUCGUUUCUGCCUACGUUUCGUACUGUCUGCUAUGUUUUUUUCCUCAAAGUCUCUGUUGCUCUUGCAGGAUUUGUUCAAGGCAUCUGGAAGAAAGGAAUCGUUAAGGGAAUCGUUAAGAUAAAAUGUAAACGAUGUCAAUGGACUGAACCAUUUGGAACCGAUCAAGAACCGGUUCUCGAUUCCCAUUCCUAGCAAUGACUGCUUUGCCCACAGGGGGCGCCAAAAGUCACACAAACAAAAAUUUCCUCUCAGGAGUUUCAUUUUUAAUAUCGUACACCCCUAAAAAGUAUUCUUAUAUACAGGUCAUUGUCUUGUAUGAUUUAACACAUUAGUAUUAUUACCUUGUAUGUCAUCAUCCAUUAUUAACAUUCAAACGUAUGAUUUAGCAUCAGGCUGUGAUAUUUUUCUGUCUUGCCUUGGUUCAUAUCCUACAUCAUCAAACUAUACUUUUAUUUUCAAGUAUAUCAAUUCCUGUAGAUUGUAAGCUACAGAACUAAAAGAAAACAGUUGAUAAACUGUUAGAAAGAAACACAAGCCUCAACCAUGUUUUUGGAACCACAAUAAAUCCUGAAAGUCAGUUAUAAAAUCUGCAGACUCACCUUUCAGAGAGCUGCUGUAGCUAGCCUGAAAGCAGCUGCUACUUCUUCAUCUCUUCUCUGUUUUAUGGCAGGUGGCAUUCAGCAUAUUAACUACUGCUAUAAAGUCACGGUAAAACUAUUUGCUUAUUUUUAGGGUGAUGUCAGUGUUUUAUUCUUUCAAAAAGACGAUUUUUGUCAAUAUCAGUAUACUGCAAAAGCUCUACUCAGGACAACUGGAACAAACAAAACAAUUAGUGACUUGAAGAUGAACAAGACUUUUCCUCUACUCCAAGCUACCCACGAGCCUGACUCCUUGGACAAGGUCUUUUGGUUGCCUAACACAAACUUCAGAAUGAAUUAAAGGAACAUUCUGGUCUUUUAAAUGCUUGAAAAACAAAUCAAAUGUUUUCCCAGAACGCACUUGGAGAGUUUUUAAAAAUACCACUUUAUGAGGUUUCUCUUUGGACUCAGCCUGGAAACAAUGUCAGAACAAUACAGAGGUCUAAAUUUGGCUGCAGUCACGAUGUGUCAACCUACAACAGGCCCCAAAACUGCAUAUAACAGAGUGGAAAUGUGACAAGUCUGCCCUGCAGGAAGUGAACAAGCGAGCGGCUGAAGACAUUCUGAACAAAAGAGAAAAACAGGAAAAUGAGAAAGUAGUGUAGGGGAAAUGGAAAGUGAAAAAUAGCAAGAGAUGAAAGAAAAAUAACAGGAGAUAAUAAGGAGAAGAAGCGAGGAUGGACACACCUGCUGAGCAGAAAUGUACACCCAGGAACCUUAUUUCAUCCCUUUCUUGUGUCUUUUGUUCUCCAUCUCUUGACCUUUAUUACUCCUCCAAACCGGGAUGUCAUUUUUCUUUUCCCCACUGUCAGCACCCUUCAGCAGAGCUCUCACAGACAAGUGCUAUUAUCUCAUUAUCUUAUUAUGGGGAGCGAUUCAGGGCCUUUUAUUCAGCCUGUGACAUUCAGAGAGGCCGGUCACAUUCAUGAGGGCACAGCUGCGUUGGUUUGCAGAUAUGGUCCAGCUCAACAAACACUAAGAUGCAGAGGAGGAGAAGUAGGAGGAGGAAACAGAAUCAGGCAGUGAGGUGCUCAUGUUGCUAAAAAUGUUGAUAAAUGGAGAGCUGAAGGAGAGUUUGAACUUCUACAGACUCCCUCACCCUGGGUCUGUGGGUGUAGAUAUGAUCCUUUGAGCAGACUCAGAGUAAAAGCCUAAAGACUUUCCUCCUGCUGUUUCUUUUAUUGUUGAAUGGUGUCUGAUGGCAAAAAAACUGCUGAAAGAAGCGUUAGAGUGCAGUGCAAAGGAUGAAAAUGAUGAUAAAUGUCUGAUGGUGCCGUCACAUUAGCCUACAGCUUAGUUUAAAGAUGAGGUGUCACAGGCUUGGAGAACUCAAUUUAUCAAAUAUUCAGCGGGGCGAUCACAAACUGGAAAAAGACAGUGAGAGAAAUGUGGUGAUUCCCAACUAUUAAUAUUAAACAGAUUUUAACUCUUUGCUUGCCAUAUAGUUAGAUUUUUGAUUUAUAUCUACAUUCAAACCUGAUUUUUUUUGUGUUUUUACCCAUCAAUAUUAAUAUUACUAUUUUUUAAUCAGAUUUUCAUUUUUUUUCCAUAAUAUUUUACAGAGCAAAUGACAAAUUAUUCAAGAAAAUAUGUCUACAAAUUAGCAAUCAUUAUAAGUGUUGGUUAGAGCUACACUAGACUCUUAUUCUGGGCUGAGAUCCUCCGUAUACUGACAUAAACCAUCUUUUAACAACAAUAAAAUACUGGUAUCCUGCUAAAAUAAGCAUCUGGUAAUACCUAAGCACAGAAAAUAGUUAUUUUCAUUCUUCAAUUCUUUUGAACAGCUGUAUUUUGUGCCUAUGUGCCUCAUGUUUUCAUUGCGGAGGAAAUGCGUCUGACACCUCUCUAUUGGCUGCCCUUACAAACCCCCCCCCAUUGUGUGAUGGGAAAGACUGGGAUAUAACCCCUUCACUGGCAAUAGGUUAAGGAAAUCAAUGAAUGAAUAAAAGAUGUCUCCUCCAGUAAACAAAUUAGCAGUUGGGAGCGGGUAUGUAGGUGUUUGUAUUUCAGAACUUUGACCUGACGAACACGUCUAUGGUUCACUGAAUAAAGAAGCAGACAGAACAAAUGAGAGAGGAGGGGAGGUGCCAGGACGGCGCUCGUAUGGCACAUCCGUCAUCCCCUUGUUAGCAUCUUGGCAUGCAAACACACCGACACACACACACACUCAAUACUAAACAGGCCAGACAGCUUGCUGGGGCAGAUGGCCUCUUGGUGAGGAGCAGCGAGGAGUUCUGCAGAAAGGGUUGGCUUGUUUUGUGAACCAUGACCUCCACACGUCCCUCCCUCUGACUCCGGACAACACGUGCAUGGAGGAGGGAUGGAUGGGAGAUAAGAUCAGUGUGUGUGUGUGUGUGUGUGUGUUUGUGAGGUGGGGGUGGAGUGGUUGUUGUGAAGCGAGGGGAUUAUGCAUACAGUGCACUGACUGUGUGUGGUAGGAGAUUUCCUUUUUAUAUAUAACCAUGGGAAAUAGCCACAGGGAGGACGUUUGAUUUAUAAUCACUAUAAUACAAAGUGAAAUGGUCAUUGUGCACAUACAUCCCCUCAUUGUUAACUACACACUGAGCCCAUGUUUCCUGAUUAUUCACUUAAUCCUAUUUUCUAAACUGUGGUUGUCGCUGUUGUGUUCACAUAAAAGAUCUAGUCCAUUUUGUAGACUUACAAUUAAAACAUCAAAACCAAACCAGAAAUGGAUUAUUCAUCAGGGGAUAAAAUGGGGCCAAACAGCUUAUAUAACGCACAUAAAAGAGAGUAUAAAAGGUAGUAUAUCUUUUUCUCAACAACAUAGGACCUUGUGCUGAAAUGUUAAAGGGCUUGUUCUAGACGUGCAAGACCAUGCCAAUAAAUAAAGUUAUUUUAAUGUUUGGGAAAAGAGAAUCUUCCUGUUCUGAUAACAGGAGCUCAAUUCAAAGAGAAUCUUACACUGUUUUAUUGCAGUUAUGCUCUUAUAUGUGUUUGUCACAAUGCCAGAAAUGGGGCUUCAACACCUAAACCAGAGCUGCCAAGCGUCUCGCUUUGGGUGUGACAGUCACGCAAUUUGACCCAUUCUCACUCCACAUGCCACACUUGACAUUUCUCACGCUUAUACUUCCCAUUCAAUAUAUAUAUUUUUUACGAUAAUAAACUUGGCUUGCCAUAGUUCGAGUAACUCUGAUUGACUGACCGAGAUUACCAAUCCCAAUCCAAUCCAUCAGUCCUUUGUGCCUAAAUUUAACCAACCACGGAAGGCACCACGCAAUGUAAACCAAUCAGAAGCAAUGUAAGGCGGGUCUUGGCGUCUCUUACUAUCUUUCACACACAAAAGUGCCAACAUUUAAAACCCACUUGAUGAUCUCCUGUUCUCCUGAAGACGGACAGUAGGUUAAGACUAGCAGUAGGAGGCCAUAGUGCAGGGAGAGCAGCUGGCAUGGAGGUGAGGACAUCAGUCUUAAGGUAUAAAUUGAUGUUAAAAAAAGGCCAGUUUUUUUUUUUUGCUGAACACAUCAUAACACUUAAGUCUCACUCUUGUCAUUUUCUGAAACUUGGCAGCCCUGCCUAAAACAAGUCUAGUAUCCUGAUACUAAAGUGAUACUCUGAGCCUAAUAGAGAUCAGGCGAUAUCUACAAGUGUUGGUCACAUUUAAAUAUCAGUAUCAUUGAAUAUAUUAUUAAAACCUGCAUUGCAUAUAAAGGUUUUAAUAAGUCAGCAGGUUCACCAUCAGAAUCAGCUCUGUACUCAAAGUAGUCCUAAAGGAGUCCUAAAUCAGCGGCUGAUUGCUCACGGGGAUAGGAUGUGGAGGAAUUCUUUGAGAUGACUCUUUGUUAUCAUUGGUAGUGGACAUGUAGAGGCAGAGGCAUUGCUUUUCUCUCUCUGGAAGUGGAGGCUCAGGCUGAAUAAACACAAAUGACUGACAAGCGCAUAUCUCACUUGGCAAUGACGUCCAACAUGCCCUUUUUGCUAAUACUGCCACCUUGCGGAGAUGGAGGUUUCACUCUCUCAGUUUGGAUUUGCUUCUGUCUCAGUCACUGCCUACCAUGACCAUAUUGAACUAUUUGGCCCACUUUAAAUACCAAAAUCAGGAGGUUUUAAACAAUAUUAUCUGCAAUGAAAGUAGAUAAAAAAGUAAACAGUAAAAGUAGUAUUUUUCAGCAUUCAGUCUCUAAUGUGGCAUUUGUGGCUGUUCUUGCUCUUAUCCUUAAAAAAAUCGCAUUUAUUAUUCUCAAAGUAGAAAUUUAAUCAAGCUUAGACCUGAAAUCUCCGAUGAUCCCAUCGCGACUUUGACCCUUGCUCCGUGCAGCAAACACAGCUGAUAUUUAUGAUUUCUGCAAACAAAAGAGGAGAUCUGCCAGCUUCAUACAGCCUUCUGCCAGCUUCAUACAGCCUUCUGGCUCUGUAUUUGUGUGUGUGUGUGUGUGUGCGUGUGUGUGUGUGUGUGUGUUUAGGGUAGAGGGAGCAGGUGGGAAAUGUGGGUGUGGCGACAGUGAAGAAGAUUCAUCACAGCCUGGUGUGUGUGUGUUUCCUUUGUCCUGUCUUCAACCAGUGACAAAUGUACACACAAACACUAUCUCUGUCUCUCUCUCUCUCUCUCACACACACACACAGACACACACACACACACACACACACACACACGAAUUGGAGGUUAUAUAUCUGAUUGGAAAAGCUGCCUUAUGACUAAGGAGGUGAAUGGGAGUGUUUGGUGAUUUUAUCAUCUGUCGUCUCUGUCUCUGUGCUGUUCUGCCUGAAGACCAUCUGGAUCACUGAUAACUUCUCAUUGUGUCAUUUUUAUAUCUGUUUUGGUACAAUUCAACAAAAGUUAAGAUAUGGCAUUGUUAAGAAAAAACUGAAUUUAUAACUUUGCAUAUUGUAUCAGAAAUGGGCCACAAUGAAUUAAGCACAUUUCUGUUAUUUAAAUGACAAUAUAUACCUAGAUUUGUCAUUUUUUUAAUUAAAAGAAAAAUUUUUUACAUUGUUGGCUGCUGCUGCUCAGUUUGUUUUCAUAUGAAACAAGAUAUUUUGAUAAAAUUUUGUUACAAUUUUGUGUUAACUUCAGAGGUAUCAGUAAAACAAACUGUAGGAUGCGGCAAAAAAAAUCUCAAAAAUUGUACCCAGGAUAAUUUACUAAAAUAUUACUAUUGCAUUCAGUGUAAAAUUAUGGACAACACAAUAGUUUCCCUGAAGUGAAACCAAACAUUUAGAGCUCUCCUUGGUGACUGAUACAGUGCACCAUAAAGCUGUUCCUCCAUGUAAACAGAUGGAAUAUGGCUCUAAAUUGUGUCUUAGAUACUUGUUUCUGAUUAGUUAAAACCCCAUUGCCUGGUGGUAAUCAAUUCUGAGUGGCAAAAGAGACAUCAGGGAUAACCUGAUCACACAGGUCAUAUCAGAUCAAUCCAUUGGAUGAAGAAGUUAAUGUUCUCCUUUACUGAGGUAUAAACUAGCUCUUGGUUUUAAACUUUGUCAAGCCAGUAAAAUCCAGACAAAAAAAAAACAGCUGCAGUUACAAUCAUCCCAGCUAUACUUCAUCCCCAUGAGCAGCUGCAGGACCAAGAUAUAUGUUUUUGCUUCCCAUCCUUUGAUAUGCAAAGUAUCUGAGCAGCACAAAACAGAUAGAAACCAAAAAGCUCAAUUUUGAGGCUCCCAUUCUGUUUUUGGUGCUAGUUAAAGGUCGUAGGAGUUAAUGAGACUCCCACAUGCUCACAUUAUAUGUCUGCAAAUGAUAUGGUGACAAGGUGAGAUUAUUCAGUCAACCAAAUUAGAUGCUGGUUGUCAAACUAAUUUUUGAGUCCUGAGUGUUAGAGCUCUUUGUGGUCUUUCUGACAUAUAAGCUGCAGACAGAGUAUGAAAACAGCUGCUGCUCAUGAUAAAGAGAACAUUUUUUGAAGAUUGUCAAUAUAUGGUACAACCCCAGCGGCCAUUAUUUUUUAAAACAAGGCUGAACAUUCAGGUGAGGUACUUCAAUUGGAGAGAGUAAAUGAGGAAGAAAGAGUGUGAAAUGCAUUAGUGUCACUGCCCCAUUGUAGAAAUUUAGAAGUAAUUGCCAAUGCAAAUGUCUACUUCUUGUCCAGGCACCAAAGGACACAAGAAAGCAGGGGCUGGUCUUUAUUUUAAAGAAAAUGCAGCAACACUUGGUGCCCCUUUGAUUAGCACUGACCAACCACCAGCUAUAACAAAGCAACUAACUACACAAAGUUACACAUGAAAGUCAAGCCAUAGGAGUAACACUCAAACUUUAACGUACCACUCAGAGACACGCAGACUCCUCUUGUUUGAGGUCAGUUCUGGAUCAUAUGUGUAGCUAACUGGCAUGGGUUCUCCUGGGAUGUCAAUACUCGAUUUUAAUUUUCACAGUAUUUGUUUCAGUCUUGAUGCUUUGUAAGAAAGAGUGAAAGUGUUUCCAGUCAUUGACUUCCUAGACUUUAAUCUAGACUGUAAUCUAACCUAGAUUAAGUAAAUCUCCAUUAUUAAGACAAUGCAGGGUCUACCCUGUGAGAGGAGGUCCUGGUGAUUCAGCUCUGGUGAGGAUCAAAUGUAAUCUGAGCAUCCGGAGAAAGUGAUGAGUUCUGCCGGGUCAAAGGAUUACAUAAUCAACCUUUGAGCUAAAGCCUCACAGUCUGCUCUGAUUGUUCACAGUUUGCCGUGCAGGGAGAGAAGCAUCUUUUAUAUAGAAUCACUCAUUAUAAAUACAGUGACGGUGGAUAUUUUUAUAUUGAAGAGCAAUGUCAGAAAUACUCUAAAACCUCUGGACAUGUUUUAAAUUCCUCCAGUUUCUCAAGCAAUUUCCCUUUUUCUUCUCCUCUACACAUAAUUUCCAUCUUCUUGAAAAUGACAGCAGAGUUGUCACGUAAAAAGGGAACAAUGUUCCUCUUUUCAAUUAAGUCUCAACAGUAGAGUUGAAAAAGUCCUGCGGGGUCAUAUCUGGGAUGUUUAUUUGGUUAAUUGGAAGAAAGUUUUAUCUUUUUACUCAUAUAAAACCGUGCCCCGUUAAAGUUACUAGAAAGUUUAUAUGAUGAAGAAGGGUGAGAUCUGGUUGGUGAAUGUUAUGCUCCUUGUUGAUAUUAAGACGAUGAGGAACAACAGUUAAAGAAUUACUUUUUUUUAGCACUUAGGAUAUCAUCAGUGGAUCAAAAGUGUCUUAGAUAUGUUGUAUUGGUGAGGCUGCAUCUUGAGUUUCGAUGAUUAAAGCCACGGCUGAAGUCUUUUUGAAAACUAUCUAACGUGUCUCCAGUCUAAGAGAAGCUAACAUUGUGUUCCUUGGCUAACAGAGACACGUUAACUGCAUUUUCAGUAACAUAUAUGCAGUACACAGUGGGGAAAAUAUCAUGAAAUUUAAGUUUUUGGCAGUUCAAGCCAUUACGUUUUUGUCUUGUUUACAAAAAUAUGACAUGUUUGUCCAAGUUUUCUUUUCUGGUUUAUUUUUAGCUCAUUAUUGUGUCAUCCUCGUGGGAAAAACUGCUGUAAAUGAAGAUUUACCAUCACAGUUUUGGCUAACAACACCAACGCAGAACACUCCAUUAUGAUAUUGAGGAGAUAUCAAUCAAUAUUAUCUUAACCAUUAAAUGUUCUUCUUUCUUUUACUGUCUCUACAGUGCCAACUGUCCCAGGCUCUGAACGGUGUUUCUGACAAAGCUAAAGAUGCCAAGGAGUUCCUGGUUCAACUGAAGAACUUGCUGCAGCAGAUACAGGUAACUGUAACACCUGUAAAUGUCCGUUUAUGUUUAUUAAACUGCUUCUGUAUCGAUUAAUUCAGCUGUCUGGAAGUCAGCUGUACAUGUGUAAACAACAGGAUAGUAUGGAGUGAGUAAUAAAAUAAAGAUACCUGAGAAAUCUUGAGUGUGCUAGUUCAACUUAGUUAUAGCAGUCGAGACUUUAGCCAAUAUGCUGCUUUUUAUAGCUUUACAUGUUAUGAAACUUUAAACUUCUAAUACCUGAAAAGAUUAUUUUAAUUUUUUUUUUUUUUACUUAUAAAUCCACAAGUUUUCGACUGCAAAUUUUAACCUCAAAUUUGAUCAUUAUAUAGAUAUAUUUCACAAACUAAAGGACUUUACAGAUGUCAGAUGUAUGGGUUGGUGACCUUCCUUGAAGUCUUGCUAAGUGUAAAGAUACUUCAAAGAGCCCCCCAGAAAAGCCUAGAAAAAAAUUGGUUUUGGGGUGAUGUUGAUGGACACGAUGGUCCAACAAUAUGGCCCACAGGAGAAAAUACAGUCUGCUGGAAAGAUUUCUCAAUAGAUUGUUUGGAGAAACAGUCCAUCAAAGUGGCGCAGAAACUCCAGCUUCAUCUGCAUCAUUGCUCAGGAUUCCUGAAGUCUCAGGAUCUGCACAUUUGCCAAAGGAUAUUUCCUGGACCCUUGUGAAUUUGAGCUGGCUGUGCAAGACUGACUCAAUACUGGCACCCAUGUCUGAUUAGUUACCUCCACAUGCAGAGUCUUUACAUAAUUUACAUCACUACUGAUGUUGUCUCACACUGAAUGCAUUCUGCUCUGGGGAACCUGCUGCUAAUGGGCAUUAAGCUCCAAAUAAAUCAGCUCCAGAGACACAUUUGGACUCCUCACACAGUGCAGCAGGAGGUAAAUCCACUGAGUCACCAAACUAAAACAAACCAGAUUAACCAAAAAGUGUGUGUGUGUGUGUGUGUGUGUGUGUGUGUGUGUGUGUGUGUGUGUGUGUGUGUGUGUGUGUGUGCUGUUUCUCCUGCAGCCUCUGCCAGUUGUGCACACAGUUUCACACACACACACAGUCUGCUCUGUCAUAUCUCGUCAGCCCCUGCAGCACAAGCAGGCAUUAAGAGUCUUAAACUCGGAGCACUUAUUUGCCCAGUCUGAGAGCCAGAACAGCAGGAGAGCGAUGGGGGGAUAAAGAGAAAGAAAAAGAGUGAGAGUCAUCCUCUUAUAGAUGUGAACUGUGUCAUUCGGCAGAAGAAGCUUGAUUGGAAAUCAGUUUUAUCUGAGACUUCAUCUUGUGAGCUCUGUGCAGGGAUAAAAAAAAACAAACCCUGAGGUUGCAUCUCUUAUUUAGGCCCCAACCCCUCUACUGCAGGUAUUCCUAACAUGAGCAAACCCUUCACAAUAAAAGAGGCUGUUUUGUUUUUAGACCUUUCUGUGUGGUUAUGUUUUUUCCUCUGCAUUUUUAAGACAGUUUCAGAUCAUAGCUGAAAAAUGGAUCUGCUUUUUACUCGUCCAGGUUUUACUAAAUGGUGUUUUUCUGCUUGAAACCAUUUUAUUGAGGCAAGGACGCUGGUCACCAUGGCAACAGUACUAACAUGUGGUCAGGGGAUAUAUGACUCACCUUUUGAAGCGAAGAAGCAGAACUACAUUCACGUUUUUGACAGUUUCCUGUCACAGUUUUCUCCAGGGAUUAUAGGGCUGAGUUAGUUAAAUGUAAAUAUGUUUUUAUUGUAUUUAGAAAAAAAUAAAACAAAACAAAAAAAAAAAAAACUGUUCAUGUGGAGAGCAAAAACAGGUGAAAUGCUCUCAGUCAUAAUGAUAUCCAGGCUCAAUUUAACAACAGUCAUGAUCUCUUUUAAGGCAUUUGAAACACAGGUAUUAACAGUAUUGAUAUUGCACAGAAGUGCUAAUAAAUGUUCACUUUCAUAAUCGUUCAUUUAGCUAUUUUCAUUCAGUUCUGUAACUUAAAAUUUACCUGAAACACUUAACUUCAAAAUAAAAGCAUGUUUUCACAAUGACGGUCCUAACCAUAGACUGUAUAUAGAAUGGACAGAGUCUGCCUCCUCGCUGGGUGAAGCCACUCCGAGAACAGCACCCUCUGUUGAUGGGCUGCAGUAUAGGUCAUAAAUCCUGCUUCCGCCAGCAAAGCUUAUGGGACUGUGGACCAACUUUAGAAAUGUAUUACACAGAACACAAAUGUUUCUCCCCCCAGCUUGCGGUGUUGACAUGUAGUUACAGUAAGACUGGUUUGUGCUCAAGUCCUCUUUUUUCUGUGAAGCUCCGUUUUGAAAAGUUAUUAGGGGGUUCAUGUUUGCUAUGAUUGACACCUGAUACAGCCUAUGGGCGUUCAGGGAUUGCGUCGCUCUCCCGGGGGAUACGCUGUUUGAGCCGAGCGUCAUCACAGCGACUCUCUGCGACUGCGUGGCUGAAUGUGCGCAUCGCUACUGCACAGCGCUGGUUUCAGGAACUGAAGAAAAAUCCCGGAAAUACCGAGAGCUAUUUGGCUUCAAAUCCGUAUACAGGCGGUAGGCGGAACCAAGUUGUCCAUAGUAUAUACAGUCUAUGGUCCUCACCCAUGACUGUAAAAAUGUCAAAAUAAAAGCAUCAAAACCAAUCUGUUCUCUCCAGAAGUUCCUGCCACAUGCCUGUCAACACAGAUAAAACUUUGUUCAUCGUUGACAGACAACUGGAACUUUUAAACUAGUAAAAAUAGUGGAGUGCUGGUUUGACUUCUUCACUUCUAACAUGUAACCAGCAGAGGGGGACAGUAACAUGACUCGGGGUAAAUCAGACGAGGGCAUCCAGUCUAACAAAUAUAACAAAUAUAAAAUAGUUUGUCAGUUCGAUCUCAAAGAAAUAUGUUAUUGCAACAUAUGGCUGUAUUGACAUAUGAUGUAAUAUUAUUUCAGACCCAUUUGGCUGUUCGGAUGUGAGGCAUUUAGAGUGAAUGAAUUUGGUGGAGAGCGUGACUGUAGUGCAAACAGAUGGUAGACAUGAUUAAUUUUUCUCUGCAGUCUAUUAGAAUAAUUACCACUCUGCUGUUUUGUUUGUGUGGUGGAAACAAAAAUAGGACAAGAUGUUGCUUGUAAUUAACAUUUCAGUAACAAACAUAAAGCAGCUCUCUGCUGCUGAAACACAUUAAAAAAAACAUCUAUUUUAAGCGCAGUAACUUUAUUAUUUCUGAGGGGAGCUUAUGAUGAGGAUGACUUUGGGAAACCUUGGCUGAAAAGUGUCAUGCUUAUUUCAUGCCAUAUUAUAAUCUUCUUCUUUUUCCUUUUCAAGUCUUCAGUAAUUUUCUUCUAUGUUUCUGCUUGUGUGUUUUUGUGAAUUUUGCCUCAGGAGAGCGGUGUGGAGUUUGAGGCUUGCCUUGUGGCCCAGUGUGACUCCCUGAUCGAGGCGCUCACCAGACAGAAAGCAAAGCUGCUCACCAAAGUCACCAAGGAGAAGGAGUACAAGCAAAAGGUGGGACGGGUGGUUUCUUACUUUUUCAGUUCCUGUCAAAGAAAAAAAGGGAAAGAGAAGUGUUGCGUUUGUCGACAGGAAAGCUGACGAAAGGACCCCAAUGCAGAUGACUAAGACAGAACUGGUGCAGCUCAGAUAUAUUUACAAAAGGCUUACAGUGAAAGAAGUCAGGGGUCAAUCCAUGGAAGGUUAUCCAGAGCAGGCAUACAAGUUCAAUAUGGAGCAGGCAAGAAUUAAAAACUCAAAGUGGAAUAGGUUUAGGAAAAACAAAAGCAAAAUACUAAGAAAUGCAUGAAGGGAAAAAAAGACAAACUGGCAAAGAGGCAGGAGCACACACACUCUAAUUUUAUUAUUGAGAUUUGCUCUGCAGCUGCCUCUACAAAAAUACCCAUUUUGCAUGCAGUAUGCAUAGUUGUGAAAUAAAACUGGACCUUCAACUCAAUCCUGUUGCUUGUAUUUCAGUCUGUUUAAAAAACUACUUGCAUAUACCUCAUCUUACUUGUUUAGCAGACACAGAUUGUUUUGCAUCUCCUUAGUUAAGAUAAGAUAAGAAGAACUUUAUUAAUCCCCUAAGGGAAAUUCAAUUUACACAAGAAGUUGUCUUUACCUAAAUUUUCUUUUUGUUUCAGCUUUGAAACCAGACAUAAAUCACUGUGUUUUCAAACUGGUAAGGCAGACAGCUCAUGUUUCUUGCAGCAGAAGCAACAAAAAAAUUGUCUGUGUUUGUGCAUUCAGGCUCUGUCCUCCUCAUUCCUUGCAGUUUCACUUUAACAUGCAGAAACUUCAGAGUGAUGAUACAAUAGCUUAAACUCCUUAGUUUGAGGCUGCAGGUGGAUGCUGGAGUGUUGAUGGGGCUUAAAAUUUCAGUGCAGCACAGUCUGGCUGGGGUAGCAACAGCAAGCAGACAGAGAUUGGAUAUCUUGCAGCUUAUAUUAGGGAUGUGUUUGUCAUGCAAUUAUGACAGUGAGGCAUGUGAAGUACAAAAUCACUGCAGCCUGAGUUGCCUGCCCGAAUAAGCUCCCAGGCUUCACUGAUUAUUUUUUGCACAGCUGCAGAUGCAUUUCUUUGACUGAGAAACAGACAAAGCUGUGGAUCAUAACCCCCAAAGAGCUUGUUUUGUACUAUACUGCAAAGUGUGACAAGGUGUUAGAAUCUCUGGUUUUAGGACAUUUGACUCACUACCCAUUGUUUUACAGAAUAUUUCGAUUAGUGCAGAGUCUGCAGAAUAAAACAAAAACUUUCGUGCAAGAGGUCCAAUUCUGGCAGAUAUCCGAAGGAUCACAGUGAGCUCUUUGACUUUUGAAAGAAGCUGGUUAGACGUUUUUUUCUGGGGCUCUCGGUCUGAAUCACUAAAACAGUGAUUUCUGUCCAACAGUCCGGUUUUUACUCCCCUUAGUAAAUCCUCUACAGGGGUUUUCCUAAGUCUUAGUGUAUCACAUGGACUCCUGCCCAGCCUCAACGUGUCCACCGACCGACUGACCGUCUGGCUGGUUGGUGGCGGCAGCAAGGAGAAGUUGGGGGAAGGUUGGACGGAAGCCUCUAAGGACAGCUGUUGCCAUUAUCUGCAGGCUGGGGAUUGAGAUUGAGCCAAGGGGCAAAGAGAUGGAGGCUGCAACAAAGCUUGGACAGAAGAAGAAUGGCCGCCUUUUUGUUGACUGAAGAUAAAAUAUGAAACAUUUUUCAAACCAACAAAAAUCAGGAGAGUGUUUCUCUCCAGCUGAUUUCAUCACAGACUCUUAUUGAUGUGGAGACAAAAGAAAACAGACAACUAGAGGCUUAACUGAUCUGACUGGAAACCAAAAUCUGAGAGCCAAAGAAACAGCACGUUAUUAUACCAAACCCUUGAUUUUUAAUCCCAAGAAAUUAAAGAUAAAAUAAUAAUCGGACCAUGUCCUGUAUUAUUUUAGUAGAAGUAUAUAUGCAGACAACUCUGAAUGAACACAAACACAACUUUGAAUUGUAGGAAUAAUGUUAUGUCACUGCGGUUUCAGGAGAGCUGAACUCUUCCUUUCAGGGUUUCCAAAGGAUAGAGCAAGCAAUAAAAAAGACAAUCUAUUUCAGUAAAAUUUAAUAUUUUCUGACUGUGAACUUUGCCCGCUUUCCCAUUUUUCUAAAGCAGUCACAUGCCUUUAAUCUGUUUUUGUAGAUACAGCUGCAGCCAGAUGCAAAAAACCCAAAACAAAACAAAAACAAAUAAAUCUAAGGAUUGUGUCCGCAGUGAAAGAAAGGCAGAUGUUCCUAAAAAUGAGAAAAGCCAGAGUGUAAUCCUUUUAGAGGGACACAUUUUGUUUUUUUCCAACAAAGAACAAACAGAAGUUUAAAGAAAAAGAUCUUUAAAAGCAGCAGUUUAAGGCAGUAUACUACGAAACUUAAACAUCUCUUCUGAUUAUUACGAUACAGCUUCAACAGUAAGGCACUGACUUGUCUUAGUGUAGCCAUCAUGGUUAUUAAAAUAAGCUCAGGUCCACAUUGAGACCAGUAACAGAGAUUUAUUAUACUCGUCUUAUUCUUGUUCUGUACAUAUGCGUGCAGCACUGACACAAAGAGAGAACAUGAGUGUGUUAGUGUGUCACAGGGUCAUGUUGUUGCUCUUAUCUGAGUCAGUUAAAGGUCUGUACCAGACACGUACAGUACAUUAACAGCUAUGCUAUAUCUAUGAGGACCCUUUUUAAAUGGAUGCAUUCCCAUCUCCCUAUCAUAAAUUGACUUCUCUCAUACUCUUCCCCCAUCUCAGUCAAAGAUGUGGUUGCCUUGUGGUUAUUGUCUCUUUUUGCAUUUCUUGUAUUAUUCUGUAAUCUACUUAAUCUUUAAAUUUGAGUAUCCUCAGAUGAAUGAAUGAUGGAUUAGUUGGUGCAUGGUAAAAGGUUUUUGGGUCCAAUCCAUAUGGCCUUCUUUUGCAGUACCAAAUAGAGUUUCUUUUAUAAGUAUUUCCCCAAACCUCUUCACAGGAGGUCAUGUGUGUACAAUGACUGAAUAGUAGAGAAGGUACAAAGAAUGCAAAGUGUGACAUGUUGACUGUGGUGUGGUUAAUGUGUGAUUUCCAGAUUAGUUUAUUGCUUAAUGUCUCUCCUAAAAUUUUGCUCCAAGCACUGGUUCAAUAUUAAUCUUUUACUUCAAUUUUCCUAUGAACGUUUGAAGCCCAAUUUCCAAGACUUAAACAUUUACUAAGUUGAAGUGAUAAUGAAUUAACAUCAAAUCAUUUUGUAUUGUUUUUAGUCCUUUCCUUGAAAUUUAAUAUGAUUAAUAUUCAGUAGUCCGAAUACUGAACCCUGUUGCACCCCUCAUCUUCAGAAGUCUGGGAUUCAAGUUAUUAAAAUGCACACACUGAUACCUGUCUUCCACAUUAUUGGUUAACCGAUUAAGGGUCAGUCCUCUGAUACUAUAUCUUUGUAAUUUAGAUGAGGAUAAUAAAUGAUGUCAAAGGCCAUUUGUAAAUUAAAAAACAUCUCUAUUGUAUAAUCAUUCUGAAAAACACAAUACUAUCAGUUUCAUCAGUAAUUAUUCUUUCAUGCAUGCAAAUUUGAUGGAGUGCCCUUUUAAUUUGCAAGCCACAGAGAAAGACGAACACAUUAAAAAAAGCUGUAACCUUGAAACAGAGAGUGGAAGCCAGUUACAUACAAUCCAAAAGAUCCUCACUUUGAAGGUCUAUAAUGGUCCUCACAAAGAUACACACCCAAGCAAACACACACUCAUAUAUGCUGUAGUCUGAGCCAUAAUCCUACAGCUGAUGGAUUAAUCUCCAUAUCUCUCUAAUGCAUAAAAAUGAGUCUGUGUCUGAGUCUUUCUAUGAAUGAGAUUAGAGGUCAAACGUCCUCUGUUAGUCAAGUUAGAAGCCGAUAAUAUGGAUGUUCUUAUUCCUAUAUUGCACAGAUCACAAAGAAAAUACUUGUGCUAAAACUUAAAGGUAUAUUUAAAUCCCUGUUUGGUUGAAUUUAAUGGAAAUACUAAAAGAAAAAAGUAGAUUAAAAAUUGGGUACAAGAGCUUCAUAUUACAAGCUGCAGAUUGAGGCGAAAGCUUUGAGUAAAAAUGCAUUUGAAGAGACAACAUAGACACAAAAUGAAGCGCAUUUAAAAGAUGUGAUAAGCAUUUUUUUUUCCUUUUUCAACACUGUAUUAAAAGCCCUGCAUCACGGUUUAUGACUGCUCAAGCCUAAAAAAAACACAGAAAAUGGGAACAAACAACCAAAACGACGGCCUUACCUGACCUGGGAAAAGCCUCAGAGUGGGACAAAGAGACUGUGAAUCACAUUAGCACCAUGUCUGCUGUCUGGGCUUGCACUGACAUGUGUAUAUAUCUGCACCCCCCCAAAUUCAUUUGAGAUGCAUGUGGAACACAUUGAAAGAUCGUCUCUGGUCUGUAGGAGCGUGUAGGAGGGGAGCUGAUGUACGUUUCAGCGGGACGGAGGGAAAUUGAAAUAAAUCUUGAGAUUUAUUCAGGCUUCACGCUUCACACUUCAUGUUGUUUACACAUGCGAUAAGAGCUGAGCUUUACCAAGAUGAAGUGGAAAACUGGUUUGGUCUCUGUGAAUAAUUUCUGUGUCUGUGUGUAUUUUGGUGAAUAUAGCUGAAAGGAAGUGUAACAUACCGAGAGAACAGUCACGAUUUCUCUGACUGUUUUCCUCAAAUCACCCAUGUGACUCAUUCUGUAGCACUCAGACUCAUGAGUCCACUCAGUACCACACAGAAGUUUGUGUAGAUGAUGUUGAUGUACAGGUGCAUCUAAAAAAUUACAGCUGAUGAACAAUGAAACAACAUGGUAUCUCGUCAAACAAAGCAGAUUCAAGGACUUGGAAUUUGGAGAGCUGGAGUCAGAGCAUCAAGGGCCACCACACACUGCGGCUUAGAAGAAAAAGCCCUGAACAACUGCUCACUAGUCCUAAGUCCUGUUUUCAGAAGAAAGUCAGAAAUCAAGGUCCCAGAGUCUGGAGGAAGAUCGCAGAAGCCUGGAAUCCAUUUGGGAGGUCAUGUCAUGUUGGUCCUCUGUGUUUCAUCAAGUCCAGAAUCAAGCAGCCUAAAGUCUACCAGGAGAUUUUAGAGACCGUCAUGCUUCCAUCUGCUAAGAAGCUUCAUGGAGAUACAGCAGGACCUGGCACCUGCACACAGCGCCAAAACUACCAGAAACUAGUUAAGGGACCAUGGUGUUACUGCUAUUGAUUGGCCAGCUUGCCUGACCUGAACCUCAUAGAGACUGAGUCCAUAAAUGAACAUAUAUUUUUGUAGAUGGUUGACAUAUCUGCAUAAGUAAUCCUUUUUUUUUUUGUAAUACUGUAAUAUUUUGAGAUAGAUGAUGUUUAGAUAAGUUUUGUUAGCUGUAAUCAUCAAAAUUCAAACUAAAGAAAUCUUGAAAUAUUUAACUUACUCUGUGACAAAUCCAGAAUAUUUACAUGUUUCUAUGAAUUAAAUUAUGUGAAAAACAUGAAAAAUGUCAUAAUAUUCCUGUUAUUUAAGAUGUACCUGUAGGACUGACUGAGCUACAAAUGUUUGACAGGUUUAUGAUGAGACAUGUCAGAAUCCAUAACUCCUGCUCUGUUAUGACUGUCCUCUGGCCCAAACUCACAGAGUAGCAUAAACAACCACUGUCACCCCUUAAAUAUCAGGGAUUUAAUGCUAGAAGCUUAUCAGAAGGAGAUAUACAGUAGAUGGUUUCUACAAACGUAUGAAUUUAAGUUUUGUUUCCUUUUUUUGCUGGAGUCCACAUGGACAGGACAAACACACUUACUCGGUUGGUUGUUUUCAUCCUCUUUAUGCCCUUCAUAUUUUUAUUUAAACAGCAGUUGAUGGGUGAAUAAUUAACUUUGAUCUCAUUAACCAUCAAAUUAACGAGAGACUAAUUAGCGAGACUCCAUCUAAUUAACUCUCUGAUUCAUGACGACAACCGUUUGGUUGACCAUGUAAUUAAUUCUCUUGGAUUGACCACAAUGUGAGGAGUUUUCUUUCAAGGCUUUUGCUAAACCUUUAGGCCGUUGAUGCAUCUAUAGUGUGCAUAAACAUACAUGUUCUGCACCUUUUAGCAUGUAUCAGGUAUGCUAUAGUUAGGUUGACCAUAUUCUUGUAACCAAAAACCAGGACUCAGCCCGGCAAUAAGAUUGUCUUUAACCCUUUAAUGCCUGACACCACAAAUUAUGGCCAGAAAAUUCAAAAAAUUUUUGGAGCUUUAAUGUUUAUUUCACUUACUACUGAAAACAAAAUUUCCUUAAAAUUUAACAAAUAUAUUUAUUUAUCUUGUUUGAUACAUUAGAUGUUUUUGGAAACUGAUAAACUAAAAGAGGACAUGUUUAUCAUUUAUCAGACUGUAUUCAGUUGUUUUUUUAGUGAUUUGUUGACCAUACUGAUUUGAUAGAAGUAUAUAAAAGUAUGUAUCAAAUAUGAUACAAAAGGCAUUAAAGGGAUAUGUUUAGUUUUCUUCUUCAUCCUAGUGGCCCAAUGACAAACAAUGAAAACAAGGACAUUUUGAUCACUUUAUAAAAACAACCUGGACAGGAUUUAAAAAAACGGGACAUGUCCUGGGAGAACAGGAUGCUAGCUUUAGUCAACUUUUUUUUUAAGAUUAUUGGUCAUGCAGGAAAAACAGGAUGUAAACAAGUUGGUGAAAGUUCGCUGAGUUUCAAUCAGCCUUGAGGUAAAGCUGGAGACAGCCAUCUGAAUCUCAUUUCACUCAAAGUUCAUGCAAAUAGCAUGAAGUAUCUGAUGUUCGCACAUGUGAGAUGUUCAAAGACGAGGAUGUGAGAAAAAAAGUCCCCCGUCUCCCACUGAUCUUCCCCUUAUUUUCAUGUUGCAUCACUUUGAAACAGAGCUCUUGGAGCCUAUAGAGGUUUUUUCAUGUUGAUAUUUAUAUACAUGCCAGUUUUUGAUGCAUGCACAUUUUGCGCCUGCCAAAUCCCAACUUGUGCUGUUCCAGUCAGUUGUAGCCACCUAAUCCUCAGCCAGAAACACACCUGCUCCAAAUUCCCUAAUUUUUCUCCUAGGCUGCGAUCCAAUAGUGGAAGAAAAAGUCCAAAAAUGACUGUUCUUCCUACGCCCGGAUGGAAAAUGUCAACAGCUCAGGCAGAGCUUUAAGGGACUUAAAGAGGAACAAGCAAUCUGAGAAAAUCCUGCUAUACUAACAUUAAAUGUAUGCUGCUUAAGUGGUCUGUCCUGCUGAAACUACAGUGAUCUCCAGUGUUUACUGUGCUUAACAGGAUAAGAAUGAAAGCACCACAGACCCUCUCUUGACAUAUUGAAGCUGCUCUUUUCAUGGCUGCCACUUCUGGAUCAUGUCACUCAGUUGGAGGUCUUUCUAAGCAAAGUAGACAAGCAGAAAAUUGGUGUAGCUUCCCGUCCAACAUUUACUAUGCUCUUUAAAGGGAUAUUUCUCAAUCAUACAUUUCUGCACAAUCUCCUUUUUCUGUUUUUUUAUUGUUUUGGAAACUCCUCUUACAACUGUUUUAUGGUCUGGUUUAUACAGCUCCGCCUACACUUUGCCUAAACCCCUAUCGAGCGGCUCACAUAGUUUGAGUCUUUUUAUCUGCUCUCAGACUCUUCUAUUUUGCCUCUUCCUACUCUUUGGACUUGUUCACUUAUUUUUUUUGGCUGUGCUCCAUUUGGUCAUGCUUGAGAUAAGGGCGGGGAAUCCUGUUUAAGCAAAGUGCAGGCUGCAUUAGAGGCGUUCGGUGUGAUGUCAGAUCUCUGUUAGCUGAUUAUCAAGCAGCAGGAGGUAGAAGAGAUGCUGUGACACAAUGUAAUCUCUUUACAGAUUGUAAGUGAUGGCUUAAACUCUGCAGAUUUAGUCCAUAUGUGACAGAAAGUUGGAAGAACUCAGUCUGGAUAAUUUGCCAUAUCCUUGUAUCCUCAUUAUAUACUUUUUUUUUUUUUGCAUUUUCCUUGAUCCACAUUGAAAUAAUCUUGUUUUUCUAGGAUGUAAAUCAAACUCAACAGCUUCCUGCCCAGUCAUUUCCAGUAAAAAUGAACCCCUCCUACUCUUUGUCUUUCACAGGUGGUACGAGACCAGAUCACCCACUGCACCAUGAAGCUACGUCAAACCACCGGCAUGAUGGAGUACUGCCUGGAGGUCCUCAAAGAGAAUGAUCCCAGUGGAUUCCUACAGGUAUCUGGUCUGAUUGGUCUCAGUUUCAGACGUCCCUCUCAGUAUGUGCAUGUCUCAAAUGGUGGUCUGCAUAGAAACUGUGAUGGAGAUCUCAUUUAAUGCAGUGGAAGUUUGAUUUCUUUUCUUUGUUUGGGGUAAGUUGAAUAUUUUGCUUUCAAGUAUGAAAAGUUCUGACAAGCUGUCAGAUCACAAGCAAAAAAUCAGACCCUUCUCUGGCAGCGUUUCAUGAUGUUAUAAAAGAAACCUAUAUGUGAGCUUUGAGAUUCAUUGCUAUUUAAAAAAGAUGUAAAACAAGAAUCAGUGGAGCUCUGUGGGGCAAAGGGGAAAUGGUCUCAGGCUCCAGGACGCUGGAUCAGUUUUUUGGUUUAUGUCUCCUCUGGGAAAUUGCAGAUCUUUGUGUAGAGUUCAUAAGAAAGUAACUUAAAUGUAAAAUUGCAGAGCUCACAAGCAGAGGUCUUGCUGGUUAUUAAAAAUAUUCUGAAGUAUUUACGACCAAAAAUGUAAAUUUGUAGGUUAAAAAGAUGGAGAGGAAAUGAGCUCUGCAGGGUGCCUCUGAUGUUUCUAGAGCCGGUGCAGAUAAAACAUCCGGAGGAGGGACACACUGAAACACACAGACACACCAAGAUGGGAGGCAUCAGAUUUGUUUGACUAAUUCUGCAACAUCUGGUCUAUUUUUAAUUGGCCUGGCGUGUUUAGCUAACCCAGACUCAGAUGUUUAAUGGCUGAUCAAUUAUAACUGAUCUGGGCAGGUAAAGUCAAACUGGGUCAUAUACAUGUGCACCUGAGAAAAAGCACAUAGAUUUAAGCCUUCAGCUCAGUUUGAGCAACAGAAAAUCCCUUGACACUUUGUAAGACCUUGAAAACCUGUUGGUUUGUUUAUAUUCCAGUUUUAUGAAUAUUUACCACCAUGUGUUUUUCUGCUGCUGUUCUGAGUUUCAUUGGCUUUUGAUUUUAUCCGUUUUUUUUAACCUGUGUGCUGAUCUGUAAUAACACGUGUUUAUGUGACACUGUCCAAUGAAAAGUCAAAAAAGUGUCUUCACAUUUCAUUUAUUGGAGUUUGGUGUCCAACUGAUCCCAAAAUAUACAUUAAACCCAGUAAAUGGACAUUGAAAAAUGUGCCGGUAGAUCAUUGGGCUACGACUAUACCCUCGGUCAAACAGGAUCUCUUCUGUGAUACUCAAAAUGCCUCUUGCUCCUGUACUCUUCUUUGUGGGGGGUACCUCUGGGGUCUGUUUUGGGUCCUGUGUUGGUUACAGUUUACAAUAGGGUGACCAUACGUCCUUUUUUACCCACACAUGUCUUCUUUUAUGGGGGCUUUCCAGCCUGUCCGGCCUUGUCCGGGGGAGUUUAUAAAAUCCUUCAAAUGUGCGGGGCUUUGUAUGGAAGUUUUGAGUUUGUGUUGCCUGGACUUACUGUGUUAGAAACACGUAAAAAACACUCGACCCAAAAAAUUUACUACGUGUGACACCGUGACUCCGCCCCCGGGAUUCAGAAAAUUGUCACCCUAGUUUACAAGCUUCACUUAGGAACGCAGCUUAGACUUUCAGUGUUAUGCAGAUGACACACAGAAGUCACAGUAUCAUAGACCAUGUAUCAUAUGGUAUGGUAUGGUAUUGUAUCAUAUUGUAUUGUAUAAGGACCUGCUUCUUCACGCAGGGAAAAACACUGAUGACUUAGGGUACGUUAAACCUCUCAAAGACCCCUAGUAGUUGCUAUGGUGUAUGAAUUAAAGGGGGGGGGGAAUCUGGUGUCUCUGUUACUGUUAAUGAAUCAUAUCUUAUUGUAGAGAGAGAGUGGGAGAGGAAUAGAGUAAAGUGGGAGGGAGAGAUGAAACAGAGAUCAAAAACACUCCUUAGGGACUAGCACACUCAUACACACACACACACACACACACACACACAAACUCUUACACACAUGCACGCAUGCACGCACACAUGCACACACACACACACACACACACACACACACACACACACACACACACACACACACACACACACACACACACACACACAAGCUCUUGCCUCCAUCUCAUCUGAAUAUUUUAUGACGUAUUGAUUAGAGGGCUUUUUAUGGUUGCAGAAGCCUAAAUCAUACUUAGAGGCUUUUAGGAAAUCAAAGGUGGAUAUUAGGGAUAAAUUUAAGAUCAGAGACUCAAUCCAGCUAAUCUGGAAAGGGUAAAGAAGCUAAAUGAAGCAAUUUAGGUUUUAGUGCUUCAGGAUGGGUCUCUAAAUCCUCUGCUUAUUUUUUUGCCUUUAAAGAGAUAGUGAUCUUUUUUUUUUGCUGCUGAGUGCAAUUUUUAACGUAAUGUAUUCACUUAGGCUUUUUUCUCAUCCUGAGGCAGUGGAGCUCCCACCAGCGAGGGGUCUAAUUCUUAUCCUUAAAUAUUUGAACUGCAUUAAUGCGUGCCUCAUUUGGCUUGUCAGACACAAUGUAAUGGAGCUGGCCUAAUGGAGCACAUCCUAUAACGGAGGAGCCGUUCUGCAUGCAGGGAGGCUAUCUCUGCAGACAUUCAUAUAUACUGUAGAUAUUAAAUUACUGCUCUAUAUCCUCUUCUUCUAUCACUGUGCAGAUCUACCUCUAUGUUUAUUGACCUGUUUUGACCUUGAACUUCAUGAUGAAUACACGUCUGUCUCCAGAUAUCUGAUGCUCUGAUAAAGAGGGUGACAUCAUCCCAGGACCAGUGGGUGAAAGGGGCCCUGGAGCCAAAAGUGUGCCCUGAGUUUGACCUCAGCCUCAACACAGACACACUGCUGCAGAUGAUCCUGCAGCUGGACUUCUGCCAGGGCAAAGGUAAAGGCAGAAAAACACAAACUUUACACUUUUGUACCUUAUGAAAGAACACGUUUAUAAACUUAAGUGUGUUUGCCGGGAACACAAGAUUGGAAAUAUAAAAAAUGAACUGAACUUGGACUCUGAAGACUGCCCUCGCCCCAUAAAUAAAUCAGCUUAAAAAACAGAAACAUACACAAACAAGCUUGACCUGAAAUAAAGAAAAACUCCCGCUGAUGGCGUGAUCAACAGCCCAGAAACAACAUUUUAUCUCUGAUUAUCUUCCCUGCUGACGUUUCUUUAAGAUGCACAACUGAUCAGAUAUUCAUCUGCUGUUUCUACCCAGCAAUCAUCCAUGUGCAUGAGUAAACACUUGGUACUUUAAAUUCAUUGUGCUGCACUCUUAAGAGGUUACCCAGAUGUAUUGUUAAUGUACACUGAAUAUGUAAUCAGCAGCUUUAAUUUCAAUACUGCCCCUCUGAGAUCAGCUGUUUCCCUCUUCAGAUACAUACCUUCACUGAAACAUCCAUACUGCCUCGUAUUCAUUUCCAAUGUAAAACCAUGUUGCUUAAUGAGUUUGUAUUACAGUAUUUAUUUAAAACACAUAGAGGUCCAUUACAAACUCAUUAAAAAUGUGUUUUAUACAAUCAUUACAUAAUUAUGAUCAGUUUAGUACUGGGAUAAUGGGAUUAUGCACUCAUAAUAGAUUAAUGAUAUUCCUACCAGUAUAAGGCUUUAUGUUCCCCCUGAGGGCCUCCUCUAGUCAGCUGCUGUACUUCAAAGAUUUCGUAUCUACCUCUUUUAUCGCCAGAUCUCAACCUUUAAUGACAAAUCCAUAAACACAGUGACCCGUUAGCAGGUCCUGACCCCACAGCGAUCUUAAAUCAAGGGAGAGUCUCUCCAGUUUGAGCUCCAGUCCUGUAAGAGUAUGGGAAUUGGACUUUGGUCGUCCCUGCUUUGUUCUCAACGUUUCCCCACAGUCACAUCCCGCUCAUGAUGUGAACAAAGCGACGAAGUUUAAAGAUAGACCGUUUGAUUUCAGGUCUUUGAAGCAAAGGCUUUGACAUCCCGAGCAGAGGCAGAGUAUGGGGCGCGUCCUCAUUCACAAGCUGCUUUAAAUUAUUUGCAGUUAUUAUCAACGCCAGUCUGAAGUGAAUCGUGUUUUUUAAGAAAUCUGGAUGUUCUCUGUGUUCAUCAAAAAGUUACUUUGGCUGAGAUAAAAUAUGACAUGUGCCUCUCUUUAAUCUCAAAUAUACAGAAAGUUUUGAAGGAAAUUUUUCGGGAAGAAAUAUUAAAUAAAGUAUUCUCCCUUUCUUCCAAAAUCUGAUCCAAAAUGUCAUUGUCAUAUUUACUUACUUGGCUUGACGUUUAAGGUAGAAUUCAUGACAUUUAAGUUGGUUUCAAGAUGCAGACUAAGAAUGGAGAGCUAACUCUAAAAUAAGAAACUGGUUUUAGAAUUACAACCUCUUAAAAUGUUUUAUGUCAGUAUCCACUCAGUUAACAUUAGACAUAGAUGUCCCUAGUGAUGGUUAAAACACUGAUGCGUAUAAAGUUGAAAUUUAAUAGCACUCAAAAAAAAAUCUGCACUCAUCAUUAAUGCUGCCUUCAUGUUUGUACUUACAAGGGCCUGUGUACACGGACAUAUUUUGUGUUAGGGAUGCCCCUCUCAGAGUGCUCUUCACCUGUACUUAUUAUUAAUGCUGUCUAACAGUAUGUCCUUUCACCAGAGUUACAGUGUUAGAUACAUAUGACCCAUUAGAAGUAUGAAUUUCUUGAUUUUGACUGGUCAGUAGGGAAGAAGUGACAGUGACGAGUGUGGUGGAUAUCCAAAGGUUAAUCUAUCUUUGUUUCUUGUUAUUGCAGCAUUUUCUUCCUUUUUGUCAGAAAUGUAUGUAUAUAUGCAGAUGAUACCAUAUUAUACAUUCAUAAAGCUUGAACAGUGUUUACUUGAUUAUUUAGAAUUAUUUACAAACAGAGUAGUCUUUUUUGAAAUAGAAAUACCAAUUAAGACAUUUUGAUUAUGAUAAAAAGUUAAUAACUUGUAGAUUUGUUUCAUUAAGUGUGACUUUUGCCACUGUUUUGCCAUUUAGCCAAUGAAACCCACUCUUUUCCUUAGAAUUUUGUUGCCAUCAGUCUCAGUUGUCCACUGAUCCUCCUACUUUUACGCCUUCUUCUGUCUAUAUGCUUUUGUAUUUAAACAUCCAAACCAACGUCAUAUUUCCAGAUAUACAGGAGAUUCCAUUAUUGAAACAAAUGCAGGCAGCAGGCAGUGAUGAGGCUGACAUGGAGGCAGACAGCCCAGGAGGUAUUUCAGAGACUUUUCAUCGUAAACCUACGUUUCCUCCCUGAGUUUAUUUCAUCACUCCUUCCUCCUCCCUCAGCCCUGAAAGUCCUCACGGACAAUCUGCUUGGACACUCACUGGUCUUUCUGUCCCACAGCGUCUACCUGGUCUUCCUCCUCUGCAUGGUUACUGUUUUUCCAGGUCCUCUCCAAUGAACGGCACAUUUACAGAGUAGUUCUGCUUUCAGUGAAGGAUAGCGCUAUAAGAGCUACAAUUUCAGAAAUUUGUCACCUGAAGUACUUCUGUACUUCCAGUGUGAAUAACUUUGCCACCUUUUUCCACAAAAGUUCUUAUUCCUCUUUAAAAUACCAUCUGGAAGUAUAAUUGUUUCCGCUGUAAUAGUUCUUAACAUUUUGGUGCUAGAAGUUCAAGUACAGCUCAUCAAAUCUUUGCUCCGAUAUAAUCUGUCACUAGUCAUCCAUAUAGAGUGACCUCUACUCAUUGAAAAGUUGUUUAAAAGUGUUAGUCCAGUAUUUAUCGCUUAAAACGUUGAGCUGAAGCAAUGACUCUGUAUUUAUUAGCAUUGCAUAAAAGUCAAAUAUUAACCUGAACCAUGUUGCUCCCUUUGUCCUGACUGCUGCCUUUCCUCUGUCUCCCCACAACUUGUAUUUUGGUUCAAAGAUAUCACUAAAUAGCGAGAUGAUAUGACGCAGAUUUUAUCACUUCCAGAUCUCCACUUGUGUGUCUGGUGCUCAUUCUUUCCCUGGUCCUGUGUUUGAUUUAUGUGUUUGUUUCAGCUCCUUUUUGGAGCCCAAGUUUUACCACCAAAGGGUUAGACAGAUAUAUCUCCAUUUUCAGUCCAAGAAAAACUUUCAUUUAGGUCUGGUUUGGCUCUUUAAUCGUUUGCUUGCCAGUUGGGAAUCCAGCCCUGGCAUAAGCUUUUGAUUAAUUUGAAGCUUUUCCCAUCAGUAUUUCUUUCAGUUGGGACGGUAUGUGCCAUAGAAAAGGUUUUCCCAGAUUGACAAGAGCAUUAUGCCCUCGAAGAACUUAAAUGCGGGGAAUAAUUGGCAAGGUACUAAAUACUAAAUAUCAACCCGCCCACAAAGCCGGUAUCCGUCUAACCCUUUGAACUACAAGCACUGCUGCCUCCAUAGGGGUAUAAUGUCCUCACAUGGCCUACUUAAAGCCUCCACUGAUUCCCAGAUGUUGCCCUCUAAACCUGGAGCUCUUUCACCUUUAAGGCUCCUUUUUUUAUCUUCCACUUGAUCCGCAUUAAAGCUCCUCUUUUCCCUCUCCAGUUGGUUUUAAAAGCAACCAGCCAGCUGACGACAUCACCCUGCUUGUUUUCCUUUUUCUUCUCAUUCAUCCGCCCUUUCACCUCCUUUCUCCUUUCAUCCACCAUCCUCCAAUCACAACAUCUAUGUCUUAUCCAUCCCUUUUUCUUUCCCCCACAGCAGUAGAGUCAGGACCCUUGGUGCCGGCAGCUCCUCUCUUGCAGCUGGAGAAGUGCUGUACAAGGAACAACAGCGCCACACUGGCCUGGAGGGCAACUGCGCCCUCUAACAGCCCCAUUGAGGGCUACAUCCUGGAGCUAGAUGACGGGAACGGAGGACAGUACAGGGUCAGUGCAUCACAGUAACAAACUCUAGGGAGGACUGUGUGCUAUAGAGUGCGCAAAUGACAGAUAUCCAAUGAGAUAUGCAGUAUGAUUUUUCUCUUUUGUUUUAUUAUUAAUAAUCCAUAUGCUGCUCAAUUUUGACUAAAGCCAGAUGGUAGCGCAUGUGUGCGUGGUUAAAUAUGUGUGUCAUGAGUAAACAUGCAUUUCAAGUGCAUGAGUACAGCUCUUAUCCCUCUGUCUCUGCUCCUGUUUGAGUCCAUGCAUGCGUCUCUGAAUGUUUGGGAAGCAAACAUACACGUGUUUGCACUCAAUCCGCAUUUAUAAUCAAGCCACUACUCUAAUUUGUGUGUGUCUUUAUGCAUGUGCCCCCAGGAGGUAUAUGUGGGGAAGGAGACAGUGUGCACGGUGGAUGGUCUCCAUUUUAACAGCUCCUACAAUGCCAGGGUGAAAGCUUACAAUGCCGUCGGUGUGGGGCCGUACAGCAAGACUGUGGUGCUCAAGACUUCUGAUGGUGGGUAUUCUGUGAACGUCUGUGAGGGUGUGAGCAUAUGAAGUUAAAGGUCACAUAUCAUAGUAUUCGUAGCUGUUCACAUCAUGCUCUGGCAUUCCUUAGAGAAAAGGUUUGAAUCCAGCAUAAGCGGAGAAUCUGCAGCCUCUCAGUUUCUAAGCUCAUUAUCCAUGCAGUGAUCUGAGUGGGCAGGAAUGUGAAAAAGAGGCUCUGUGCUGAUUGGCUGCCAAAAUGUUGUCUGAGUGUGAAAAGUGAUGCAAUUAGAUGCAGAGGUGGAAAAACACCAAAAUACACAGUACAUGGCGAGUGCCCCAGAAGAACACACACCAGGGGGGGAAAUAUGGAAUAAGUGAGAAAUAAAUAAGAAGGAACAGAAAGGGGUUGGAGAAAAUGGGAAUGGAAAGUAUAGGAAUAAGAAGAAAAGGAUGCAACAGAAUGAAAAUGAGGGACAAAAAGCUUAAGAAAUGUUUGGAGAAAUUCAAAAAAGGAGACAAUGAAAAGAAGGCAGUCAAAAAGGAAGGAUGGAAAAGGGGGGGAAAAGAGAGGGAGGGGAAAUCUUUCACAACAGCAGUGGGAUAACAAUGAGGAGUUUUCCCACACUUACACACACACACACACACACUCACACAGCUGAAUGUCACAAUGGGCAUUAGUCUGUUUUCUGACUGAUAACUCCCCAUCCCUUCGUUUCCUUUUCUCUGCUGUUUUCCUUUCUGCCUACUCGCCUCCUUUUCCUCUCCCUCUCUUUCUCGAGAUGUAGUUCCCUUGUUCUCUGUCCUCCAGCUCUGCAGCUCCAUUCAGCUGCAUAAGGGUGGGAAAUUAUGGGAUGCGACUCCUGUUGGCAUGACUUGUGAAAAAACAGGCAACAAAGGCUGGAAAACAAAUACUGAUUAGUGACACAGUUUCCAGAAUUGGUGUUGUUAUUGUGUGUGUAAAUAUUGGAUGUGUCAGUGAUUAUUCAGUGAUGCAGCAUGAGGAUGUUGCUCAAAGACGGAGCAUGUCUGUCCUCAAGCCUGGGUAGUAAAUGCGCCCCAGAUGCUUGUGUGUUUAUGCACUUGUCUAUCUAUUUUUGUGGGGACUUACUCUGGUUGUUAGACUUAUGGUGUGGGGACCUUUGUGGAUAGAAAAAUCAAAGCUUUGUCAGAGGUUUAAAUUCAGUUUUCAGUUUCAUGACUGACUGUUUUUUCUUUCCUGCAGUGGCCUGGUUCACCUUUGACCCCUCCUCAGCUCACCGUGACAUCGUUCUGACCAAUGAAAACCUGACUGUUUCCUGCAACAGCUACGACGACCGCGUGGUGCUGGGAACUGCAGCUUUCUCCAAAGUAAUCACACAUCCAUCACACUUUUGAUCUUUAAAGUCAUGUUACGAUUUUUUUGGCCUCUUUGCCCAGUAGAUUGAUUUUGUCUAUUUUCAAAUCUCAGGGCAUUCACUACUGGGAGGUCUGCAUCGAUCGCUAUGACAACCACCCAGACCCUGCAUUUGGCAUAGCAAGGAUCAACACCAUGAAAGACAUGAUGCUAGGGAAGGACGACAAAGCAUGGGCCAUGUAUGUGGACAACAACCGCUCCUGGUUCAUGCACAACAACUCCCACACCAACAGGUAGGUGCACAAUGUUGCACUGUGUGUUUGAUGGCUUUAUAAAAGCUAAGCUGGCAUAGUAUAAAAUGUUCAGUGGAAAAUAUAAAAUGGAAAGAAAAAAAAGAGAGAGAGCAACACCUGAGUCCCUUCUGUGUUAAAAAAAAAUAAUUCAGAAAAGUUUGGACUCACAAUCUGAUUUUUGCUGGCAUCCACCACACCAGUAUAAUUACUUUAUAAUAACUCAUGUGGCUGAUACUGAUAUUUACACACCUUUUUUUGUACAGUUUAAAAAUCCUCAAGUCUCUCCUGUACAAAAAUUCACCUGCUAAUCUUGUUGUGACAAUAUAUACGUUUUAGAAACAGACAUAAAACAAGACAGACAACAUUUGAUUCUAAAAUAGAUUAAUAGUUUUUCAAAUAUAGACAUUUAGUAAUGUGUUUGUCAAUAAUGCUGUGCAGUCAUCUAUGGAAUAUAUUUCAUACAAACAUGCUGUCAUGAACAUAUUUGGACAUUUUCCAUGCAAAUUAUUACAACAGCCAAAAACAAUAACUUUCAAGGCUACUGUUUACUCUGAUUUGGUACCAAUAAUAUGAAAGCAGCUGAUAGUAUGAGCUUCAUUCAGGAACAUCAAAAUAGGUUGGUACAUGACGGGUUAACUCAUCCAAUGUGGCAUUAUGUUGACUGCAGCUAAAAGAUGAGAGUAAGUAAAAAAGUGAAAGAGAACAAAAUAUGGCUAAAGAGAUCCCUUGUCAGAAGAAGUUUCAGACAGUGGGAAAUAAUUCCAAAUCUGGAAGAAACUUCGACAAGGUUUCUGUCAGUCAUCCUGGUCAGCAGGGAUUCAUGUGGGGGAAUACUUGUCAUAAAAGUGACCCAUUCUGUCAUCUAUGGGUAUUUGAUUGACUUCCAGUAUCUGAGUACUGUUUGAACUGUAUUUUUUUUUUAUAUAUGACAACAAUCUAAGAGCACCUUUUAACAAUUCCCUCCUACUGUAAGGUUACAAAAGUUGUCACCCAUCACUUCUGCAUUCUUUGGUAGUGACCCCCAGUGUCUGUUUGAUAUUACACAAUAUAUUCCAUGUCUGCUUUGGUUUGAUCAAAUUCACAGAGAAAAUGUUGAACAAAGAAAAGAAAAUGUGUUCUUUCAUAAGCAGCAGCUCCAGGCCUGGAAUAAUGCCAUAUAUGUGUAUAUACAUUAAAAAACAGUUAUUAGUAUAAUGAUAAUAGUUAUAUUGACCGUGUUGAGGUCAUAUGUUUAAUUCUGAUAUUUGCCCAAUACACUACCCACUGAGCAAUAGAUGGCUGUAAGACGUCUAGUUUUUUUUAGACCUAAUAUCAUCCGUCUAGAUUCUGUACAUUUAUCUAUCAUAUUUUUAGAUGGAAUUUAGACGUUGCACUUUAACCCAUUAUUCAAUAACUAUCUAUUUCAAAAAGCAACCGUGAGUUGCAUAACUGAUCUCCAAGUACUUAACCAAAAUGAUACCUGUUGAGCAGCAUACAUUAAGACCUCUGUUAGCAGGCUAGUCUAAACUUGGUCUAAAUUUAGACGUCUAAAAAACUUUCAUUUUUAGACCUGUGGUUGCCUGAUUUUAGACCAGUUUUCUAGGCUACAUUUAGACAUCUAUUAGACCUCUUUUAGACCAAAAAAUGUUCUGUGGAAAAUGCAGACUUGAUAUACUUUUUAAACCAAUGUUUUUGUCAUCUCAGUCCAUUGUAAGUCCAUCAUUAAUUAAAAGUAGAAUAAUUCACCAGGUCUCCAGCUGCAGUCUUUACUCCAGGGAAGGUUUUUAGUACAACCUGGCAGCUCAAACUUUGGCCCCUCUGAAUAAAUAACAUCAAUGAAUAAUGCAACAACCAAUAAAUCAGCUCACUGCUUAGCCAGUUCAAAAUUUUCCACUUGUUUGAGAGCCCAUCUUUUAAACUUAUUUACAAACUGCACUUGUGUGUCAAUAAAAACAGCAGGAGACGCACCUCCUGCUGUGGCACUGGAUGUUUUCAGUCAGAGUUAUGUGUUCUGCAUUAAAUCACUUGCUCCCCCACACACACUCACACACACACAGCAAUGAUUCCCACACAUGAUGACAGUGGGACCUCCGGGGUCUGGUACAAUACUGACUAACAAACACAUCAGGGAGCAGCAGAAGAAGACAUCAAAACAUCGCUGCGGCAUCUCUCCGAGUGUCACAGCCAAACCAUCAAACACUCAUUAAACAUUUAUUCCGGUGAAAAUCUCUUUUCUUCACAAGAAAAAUCAGACUCUCCACAGAAAAUAUGUAAAACCGUCAGAAUUUAUGCAUCUCCCUCAACCUCAAGUUCACCCAGACACAGAUUUAUUCAAUGUGCUGUCUGCUUUCAUGUAUUUACUCAUCUCAUGUUUGUGUUUCGCAUUGUUAUUUAUCACACAUUCACUCCUCCUUUUUCUCUGAGUGCUGCCUCACCCUCAAGCAUUGUGUGGUUGUGGAUUUAGCUUUGAGAAAUGUUGAUUUUUGUGCAUGUGUAUGUGUGUAGAGUUGAGUCCACAUUUUGGCUUUUGUGCAAAAACACAAUUAGGACAUAAAGACUUUUAUGAGUUCAAGUUUCCAUGUAUAACUUUCUGCUUUACGAGCCCAAAUUAAACCAAACCCAGAGCACUGAUUAUGAGAGUUUAAUUUUUAAUGCCUUUGCUUUAUCUUUGCAGCCAAGAGUUCACUUUAUUGGCAAAUGUAGAAUUAAACAGUCAUGUUUUUAAUAUCUCAAGUGGAGCCGGGUCCAGUUUCAAGUGCAAGCUUCAAGUUGAUCUAUUUCAACAAGCCAGGGGGGACAAGAUUUAAAGUAUGUAGGACAUAUCGGAAGAGAGACUUUCCAGAAUAUUUACAUACAGCCAGUCAGACGUCAGCUUCAAUUUCACAUAAUGCUCUCAAAUUUUGCCCCUUUCUACGACAGUGUGAGCAUCCAAAAUUUUACAGGAUGGCACAAAAUAAGGGGUUUAGAUAGGAAUGUUAUUAUGCAAUAGCGGAAACAACAUCAAACUCCAACCUUAUUCGCACAAGAAAUUAAUAGAUUUGAAGCCUGAGAGUUCACUUUUACUUUAUGUUGCACAGACAACCUGUUUGAACUGUUUGUUUCGAUUUGUGUGUGUAGGGCGGAGGGAGGCAUCACCAAGGGCUCGACUGUGGGCAUUCUGCUGGAUCUGAGCAAACACACUCUGACCUUCUUCAUCAACAAGCAGCAGCACGGACCCACUGCCUUUGAGAGCCUGGACGGGGUCUUUGUACCUGCUGUCAGUCUCAACAGAAAUGUACAGGUUGGUGUUUUUUAAAUCAGUAAGUAUUUUUAGGGGUGUUUGCACUGCUUUAAAUUUAUGUCUUUAUGUGGAGCACUAAAUCUUAAAUGCAACCUGUGCAACAAAAACACAGGACUGAUUUCUCCUUCCUGAAAAUAUUUUAUCUUUUGCAAUCAAAUAUUUGUUUUGCACUUAGAAAUCAAAUUUAGUUUUUGAUAUGAAAGUUUUACAGAAAGUGUAAAAAGAUUAUUCAUCAUUAAAUUACUAAUUAAAUAGCAGUAUUAGACACCAAUCAUGUUUAACCAACAAAUCUUUGAGUAUAAUUUUUCAUUUUCUUAUUUUGCCUGUGGUGUCCCCCAAGGCUACAUACUCGGUCCUCUCCUCUUCUCCUUCAGUUUGCCUCUACUUAGCCACAUUAUUUAAAAUCACAUUAUUUCUUUCUGUUUGGUGGAUGAUACUCAAAGGGGCUCAACUACAACAAACAUCUGAUUUAAGAAGUAAGUCCUGGAUGGAUGCAAAUUUUUUCUCCUGCUCAGAAAAAGUAAAACUUUUCUUAUUUUAUUUGGAUCAUGACAUCUGACCAACAUUACUCCUCAUAAUCUGGGCUUGUUGGCCUCCUCUUGAACUACAGCAAGAAAUCUUGGUGUCAUAUUAAGUCCAUGAGUAAAGUUUGACGUUCAGAUCAAUCAAGGAAUAAAAGUAAGUUUUAUACAGCUCCCAACAUUUCCACAAACUCAGAACAACUCUCUGAACUUCUGACUUAAAAAAAAAAAAAAACACUCAUGCAGUGAUGGAAAAGUUAUUCCACUGUGAUUACUGCCACGCUUGAUACUUUGGUUUCACUCAGUGUUGUGUUAUUCUGUCCUGAACUCAUUCAAAAUGCAGCAGCAAAAAUUCUGGCAAGGUCAGCUACGACUGUCUCUUAGCUACAGAGGACCAAGAGUGACAGAGAGCUUUCUUAUCUGCACCCAAAGAGUCAUCUUUAAACACACUUCAGCUCCCUAGAUUCACUGCUCCUCACCAAACCAGUCUGAACUCCUCUUACUUUUAUUCUUGUUCUUUUCCAGCUUUGUGACGUUGCACUUUAAGAGGAUCAAAGUGGGAUUUAAAUGUUUUUAUUAAGCUUUAAAAUUUUCAGAACACUGUAACCUUUUCUUAAUCUAGUAUCUGUAGCUUUCCUACAAGUAUGAAAUAAUAAAAACCAUCAAAAAGACUCCCGAAAUGAAAGCAUUUAUCCAGCACAGCUGACAUUAUCUAUCUUUGAUCUGAAGUGUAUGUAAAGUGUGUUCAAAACCUCAAGUGGGCUCAAGUGUUUCCCUCCAUAACAGGCUUUUUAAUAGCUUGUUUGAUUUAGUGACAGUGUGUCCUCAGUCGUCAGUGUGUGUUUGCUCUGUGUGUUUGUGCAGGUCACCUUACUGACAGGCCUGGAGGUGCCAAAGAAUAUCAAACAGUAGAAGAUCCAUCCUCCCUCUGUACGUGUCCUGGAUGUAAACCAACCAUGUUGGCUCCCAUGGACCUUUUUCCAGUCACAUCAGACCUCCUCUCCCAUCUUCUCAAGGUGCCCUUUGUUACGGAUAAACCUCAGUGUGAAGCCCCUGGAGUUAAAGAAUAAAUUUAGGCUCAUAUUUGCUCCAAACAUGGUGAGAGAAGUUGGUGAAAAUGGAUCCAGAGAUGACUCGAGUUACUGCCACACUUUUUCCACAUCCGAGUUCAAGCUCCGGCAGCGACCUCUGUGUGGAAAAGUAAAGUUCAAUUGUUUAUCCCAAAAAAAAAAACAUGCUGCUUUCAGGAGUCGACCAAACGAGGCAGAAACAGCUUAUUUUUAGUCUGUUUCUCUCUCAGGUGCGUUUACAGCUCACAUCAUAAUUCUUGAAAAGUGUUUUGUCGGAGCUGUAGCAGCACUCAUGAAAUAUUUAGAAACUUCAUUUUCCCUGCAUGGCUUCAGCAGCAUUGUUUUCUUAUUUUUCCUUCUCAUACAGAGUGGCGUAAACAUUGUUUGAUGUUGAUUUUUACACACAAAGCUCCAGUUUGGAAAGAAAAGGCUCAGGUCCAUCUCAGUUUCAGGGAUGUGACAGAUCUGCAGAGUGGGGAAUGACUGCGCAUGCGUCUUUUCUUUUUACCAGUCCUAAAUCUCUAAAGACCAGUUGUAAUGGUUGUUAUACUGAAGUGGAUGGUCAUUACAGUUUGUUCAGGGAAAGGAGGUAAUUAGAGACACAAAUUAGGGACCUGCAGCAUAGAAGAAACUAUUCUUUUUUUGUAGGUGUUGCAGAAAAUGAAAGGAAUUCAGCGUUCAGUAAUUAUGUCAGUGCUGGUUGGUGAAAAUUGUCCCCUUCAAACCAAGCCCGACUGUUUUCCCACACAUUAUGCAAAUCCAAGCUUAGCAGCUGCCAGCUGCAGAAAUGAGAGCGGUGUGCAUCAUCUCAUCAAACUUAUGGCUGGGAAGAAAACAAGGACAUUUCACAGACUGUCCUUUAACUUGAAUGCAACAAGUAACUGCUUCAUCUACAAACACAAGAAUGAAGUUUUGGUACUCCUGUGAGUCAGCACCAGAUUUACAAGUUUGUUGUACUAUUGAUAUUUUUACUACUCUUUGCUUUAAGUCCAUUUAUAUAGUGAGUUGAAGCUGUUGAGGCUUGAGGCUGUAGCUCUUAUUAAUGCAUUACAACCCAAAUAUAAACAGGCUGUAUGGUGGCCCUAAAGGUCAAAAGCACAAACAUUUACUGGCUCAAAUUUUUUUUAAGUCAAGGUCAGAAAUGUUUCAUAAAGCCCCCCAAAUAUUUAUUAAAGCCUUAACAAUUCACAAAUAAAAAAAAAAUAUUUUACAUGAUUUUUUUUUUUCAGGAGAUGAACUGUUUUUAAAUUUUUGGCACUUUUGUUAAAAACAUUUUGCAUUUUGUAAAUUAUUCUAGAUUCCGCGAAAUACUUUUCAGUUAAGAAAUUUCUGUGAAAUAUUUUUGUAUUUUGUCAAAUGUUUUUUUAAGUUUCAUGAAAUAUAUCUGCGUUAAGGAAGGGGAUUUUGACUUCCAAUUAAUUUCUUUUCUGUUGAGUCAUGAAAAGUUUGUGCAGUCGACCUUUUGGGCUUCCGUACAGAUGACAUCUAGUAGAGCGGCAAGGUUAGGGAGGACUCGAUCUUAGAAAAUGGAGAUAAAGUUGCAUGUAGGAUGUGUCUAGUUAAACUGGUCUAGAGUGGCUCGACAGCACAUGGACCUUAACUUGUGCAGUGGACUGAAGGCUUGUGGUGCUGCUCUGCUGUCUUUAGUCAGCUUCCUAUCAUUUACAUGCAGAUCUUGAUCCUGCUUUAAUGUGUUUUUAAAAUUUUGCUUAAUUUAAACUGUUUUCUGAGCGUUUUCUAUCUUUAAAAAAGUUGCUGAAGCUUUAAUUUGUGUUUAGUUGCCUUAAAAGAACCUGAGUUUGGACUGGGUGGAUAACUAAACCCCAAACUCUAUGAUUUUAUACCAGCGCCUCUCCAUCAAAUGUAAACUUUCUGGAUAUGUUGUAAAAUUUAUCUCUCACUUUUCAACAUCCAGACCUUUGAGCCUCUAACAAAGUUUGAAAUAAACUCCAGUAUGUAGAUCAAUCGUCGGCUGCAGAGGAUAAUGACUGAACCACCUGCAUGUCA